AGCCUCUCCGGGGGAAAUUGCUCCGAGGAGCCGCGGCCGCCGCUGUUGCUGCUGCUGCAACGUCGAGUCUUUCCGAGGCGCGCGCGCGCGCGGGUGUUUCCUGCGCGGGGCGGGCCGGGGGCGGCUCCGGGCGCGCAAAAGGCGCGGGGCGGAGAAGGCGCGCGGGGCUCUGCCCGUCACGGCCGCUUCCCUCCGCCCCUUUCCCGGCCAGCCCAGGAGCGGAGCGUCCGCGCGGCCUCCGGACGGUCGCUGGCUCGGCGAGGCUUCUCCUCCUCUCGGGCCGGGCUCCGUGGCCCUCGCUGCUCCGCCUCCGCCAUGUCCGCAGCCGCGGGCGGCGGCGGCGGGGCGGGCACUCCCAAGGCGCUGCCUUCGUCGGGACCCAAGUCUCUGCGGGAGAUGCCGCACCCGCUGGCCGCCUCCAGCAGCGAGGAGGCGGGCGCCGAGCUGACGCCCAGCCCGGACUUGCAGCUGCCGCGCAGCAUCGCCGACAAGGUAGCGGCCGCCGGUGGGGCCUGCGCGGGGCAAGGGCGAGGGCUGGGCUCGGUUCUUCUCCUGGCUUCCGGGCGUGCGUGGUCGAUCUGGGUCGUGUGAAUGCGUUUCUUUGCCGUGCCUGGACAGCUGGGUCGCUCAGAGCUACAAGAGAGUAAGCUGCAGUGUAGGAAACGUGCAAAAAGCAAGGGGGCAUGUGUGCAAGAGGGACUUCAGCGUGGGAGCCAACUCCUUGGGGCUGAGGACCCUUCUCCUCCCCCAAAAAUAUUUGAGUCCCCCCCCCCAAGUUGAUGGGCAUUGCCAUUCAAAUGAUGUCCAUGCACCACGUCAUGUGAUCAAUGGUGUAAGGCGGGGCUUACCUGAGUCCCCUCAAUAUUUUAUUCAAGUUGGCACCCCUGGACUUCAGCCUUCCACCAACAUCUUGCCCCCUUCGCUAAGUUGGUGAAAUGGUGGGAAUCUUUUUAUAUAAAAAAAAGGCCUCUUCCAAUCCUUUUUUGCCUGUUGUCCUCUCCCUUUGUGUUUGUGUGUAAGCAACCCAUCUGAGUAUAUUUUGGCUCCGACACAGCCAAGGCAAGAAUGGGAAAACAACAAAGCAACUUCUGUUUUGGGCUCGUAAUAAGGACACAGUAAUUUGUGAUGGUGUGUUGACUCAUCCGUGUUGAAAGUGCGUGGAGGACACUUGUGCGGAGGUUGGUUUUGCAGUGCUGUCACAAAUGCAGGCUGUGUUGCAAGCGUGGGGCGCAGUGAAGCAAUCCCUGGCUCCGUGCCAGGCUCUUUUCCUAUCUGCCAGUUUGGUGUGUAUUGGUUUGUGCACCUGACCUUGAUGACCCGAAUGGGUUGGCUUCCUUUUCUGGAGUUGCCUCUGUUCCACCUUUAAGACAAGUCCUCCCUGGGGGAGUUGGCAGUAUAUUUAAGAACAAUCCAACACUACUGCCAGUUAGGUUUGUCCACCAGAAGCCAUUACCUGUUGGGAAAGGUUCUCAGAAACUGCAUCGCUUACCUCUUCGAUUCCCAACUUAGGACAAUUGAAGAAGUGCAGAGAUGAUGAAGGCCUGUAUUUGCUGGCACUUUGGGAUAUUCUUAGCUGACCUUAAAUGGCAUGUGAAUGUCUUGGAAGUUGGUUCUCAGAGCCCCAAAUGGUAGAUUGACUAAAGAGCUUGGUACAGAUGCCCAGGCAUUAAGCAAGUUCCUGUCCUCAUUUUAGACAUAGGUGUCUUCUUGGAUGUACGUACUGUAUAGUGAAUACUCAAGACAAACUAAGGCCCAAGGGCUGGAUCGGCCCAAUCGCCUUCUAAAUCCAGCCCACGGACUGUCUGGGAAUCAGCGUGUUUUCACAUGAGUAGAAUGUGUCCUUUUAUUUUAAAUGCAUCUCUGGGUUAUUUGUGGGGUCUGCCUGAUGUUUUUACAUGAGUAGAUGUGUGCUUUUAUUUAAAAUGCAUCUCUGGGUUAUUUGUGGGGCAUAGGAAUUCGCUCAUCUCUUCCCCCCCCCCAAAUAUACAGUGGUACCUCGGGUUACAUACGCUUCAGGUUACAUACGCUUCAGGUUAAUAAUAAUAAUAUUAUUAUAUAAUAUAUAAUAUAAUAAUAUAUUCAGGUUAAGAACUUUGCUUCAGGAUGAGAACAGAAAUUGUGCUCCGGUGGCGCGGCAGCAGCAGGAGGCCCCAUUAGCUAAAGUGGUGCUUCAGGUUAAGAACAGUUUCAGGUUAAGAACGGACCUCCAGAACGAAUUAAGUACUUAACCUGAGAUACCACUGUAGUCCGGCCCCCCACAAGGUGUGAGGGACAGUGGACCGGCCCCCUGCUGAAAAAGUUUGCUGACCUCUGCUCAAGAUACUAUAGUCUGAGGCUCUGACAACAUCUUAUAGCUGGCAUGAGAGAAGAUUCUGCCCCAGUUAAGCAUAGCUUGAGCUGUGUAAAACUGUAUAACUUGAGCUGCAAAAUAUUGGUGCCUUAAGCAACCAGAGGCAUAGCAGUGGUCUGAAUUUAUUUAUUUAUUUACAAGUUUAUUUACAAGCUUUUUGAGCAACCCCCUCCACAGAGCAGCUUACAAAUUCCUGGAAGUAAGUCAAGAGCAUUGGCCUUGCUCCCUUUCCAAAAGCCACUGCACUUUUCCUCCCCUGUGUUCUGAGUACCUCACUUCAGCUGGGGCUUCCUAUGCUGCUCCUGAGAUUCGUAGGGCAGAAGGCAGGGGAAGAGGGACUGUAUAUGAAGCUGGAGCUGGUGACAUGCAGAGCCACCACUGGACGAGUUGCAAGUAAGAAGGCAGGCAGGUUCUUUUGCCCCUGUGCACCAGUCUCCAGUGCUUCCUUCCUUCCUGAGUACCACAGUUGGUUGCUGCGUUGUGACCCGAAAAGAGAUAAGUGCAAGCAAGCAGCCUAGCUUCAUAGCUUUUUUCCCCAGGUGUUGCUAUCAAGAGAGGUCAUGUGUUUGCAGGCUGCACGGGAAAGUCUGUGGCUUGCCUUGAGAAAUCUGGCAGGUGCAACCGUUCAACAAAUGUAUUGGUUUUGAGGUUUUGGUUUCUCAGGACGCAUCGGAAGGGACUCCGCAAAAUACGCUAGAGGAGAGCCACUUUAACUUGUGUGUGGUCCACGCACCAACCCAAAACUCUGCAGGUCUGUUUUGGUUUUAACAGCUGCACACGGGGGCAGUGUAGUAAUUAACCACCUUGAGAGCUUUACACAAGCGGCAGUUCCGCAUGGUACAACAUCAUGUAAUUGGCUUCCCAUGAGGUAUCAAUCUUGUACCAGGUGUGUGAACAAACAAUAGGCCCCCGUUCCUUAUACCUGGGCUACAUGAUGAUGGAAGGAUUGAGUUACCCUAGGCUGCAUUGCUUUGUUGACAGCAAGCCAGUGGAUUUCAAGCCGCCUACUUUCAGGGACCCAUUUCAUCCUUGCCUUCCAAAGGACUCUUGUGAGACAGCUCCGGUCAGGAUCCCUGCUUGUUCCUUUUUGGUCAUGAAGGGUCAAUUUAAGUUCCACAGCCUGCUUUUUCUUAGUGGUGUGGGAGCUGCUGCUGCUGCUGCUGCUGCAUGAAUUGUCCCAUCUGUGCCUCUCGGAUAACGUUGGAAGUGCUGCAUCAGAUAAGUUGCUGAUGUGCAAGGUGAGAAUUGGUCAUGGGUGGGCAAACUAAGGCCCAGGGGCCAGAUCCUGCCCAAUCGCCUUCUAAAUCAGCAUGUUUUUACAUGAGUAGAAUGUGCCCUUUUAUUUAAAAUGCAUCUCUGGGUUAUUUGUGGGGCCUGCCUGGUGUUUUUACAUGAGUGGAAUGUGUGCUUUUAUUUAAAAUGCAUCUCUGGGUUAUUUGUGGGGCAUAGGAAUUUGUUCAUAUUUUUUUUUCAAAAUAUAGUCCAGCCCCCAAAAGGUCUGAGGGACAGUGGACCGGCCCCCUGUUGAAAAAGUUUGCAGACCCCCAGUAUUGGCCUUUUCCUGAUCUGGAGCUUUCAGCUUUAACCGGCACAGGAAGGUUGCACCGGCAGUGUUCAAAAUUAGCCAGAUGCCAGGCACAUUUUGCACCUGGCUAUUGGCCACUUGCAACCAAGUGAAGAUUCCUGGGUGCCAGGAUGGCACCUGAUAUCUCAACCAUCUGGAGGUGCAUUCUUGGCGAUCAUCGGAUCUGGGUAGUUUUCACAUGCUAAUACUCCAUCCUGUAGAAUUCUAUCAGUUAUAUUUUAUCUGCACAAUUCAGAAUGGAUUUCUGGAACCAAAAUGCUAUUUCUGUGCAGCCUGAGCAGGAGCAGUCAACAUUAAGAAAAAGAGGUCGGAAGAGGCCAAUAUAUAAUGUGGACUGUCCCUGGACCAAGUGACUUUUCUUCUUUUAAGUUCUCAAAGUUCUCAGCCUAGCUCUGAACUAGCCAGAUGUUUAACUGAGAAUCAAUCACAGUCAGUCCAUCAUUUUAAAAAUAAGACUUUAGAGCUGUCUUGCCCCAAAAUGGCAACAAGACAUUCCGUUUUGGUGACUGCAACCUUGGUUUAAGGAGCCAUUUUGCACCUAGAUUGUAUAUCUGAGUUCUUGACACUUUACUAGCCCCAGACUUAUUGGGUCACUGCUGUACCUUGUGCUGAGACAAGGGACAACAGGCAAUUGAACUGAGCGAGGGGUUUGGGGUCAAACCUGGCCAGAAGCUCCAUAGCCCACUCCCCAUGGAGAGGUUAUUUAGGGAAAUAUACUUUGCAUGUCUUUAGCAGCCAUUAACUGCUGCUGAACCAGAGCUGAACCUUGAUAUCAAAAUAGAUCUUUAUAAAGGCUCCAACUGUGGCUUGAAGUAAACCCUGCUCUCCCCCUAUCUUGAAGACACACUGACAUCUUGACUGUGUUUGACAACAAUUUAGCAGUUUUUGCAAGCAUGCUUAAUAUAGAGAGACAGCAGCUAUCCAGUUAGGCCUGCUUGUAAAAAGGUCUGUUCAAGCCCUCUUCCCGGGAUUUGGACCUGAAUGCUGUGCCUCUCUUUCUUGGAAUGUGUGGACUGCGGAAGCUUCAUUGAGAUCUGUUGUUAUGGCCCAUACCUGCUGAGAAGCAGAGUUGGGUAGGGAUUUUUUGUUUGGUCUUCACAAUGCAUUUUGGAACAUGGCACCUUCAUUGUUUAGAGGUUGGCAUUAGAAGAAUCCUUGUGUAGCAGCCAAGCAACAUUCAUGUGCUGCCACCCAGUUUCUCUACACUUGGUUGGUAUGUGACUGUGAGUGUUCCUUGAAGGCAUCGGUCCUACAUAAUCAGCACCAGCUUCGUACUGCUGGGAAUCUGGGUGGUGGAAGCUUGAUGUUGACCUUGUCUCAGAUCUUGUUACCAUAGAUAUGCUUUAGCCUGAAGAGCAUAUCAUGUAUAGCAGGGAUGGGGAACCUCUUCCAGCCAGGGAGAUGAAUUCUUUCAUGCCCAAGAGGCAAGAAGUGGGUGGAGCAAUGGACAUAACUCUUAUUUUUCUACAGCAGGCUACAUUUCAGCCGCUGGGAACUGGGUACAUUGACCUUAUUAUGUCUGCACUUUAUCAGCUGUUCUGCCUCCAAGGCCCCAUUUAAAGGACUGGUAAUAAUAAUAAUAAUAAUAAUAAUAAUAAUAAUAAUUUAUUAUUUAUGCCCCACCCAUCUGGCUGAGUUUCCCCAGCCAGUCUGGGCGGCUCCCAAUCAAGUGUUAAAAACAAUACAGCAUUAAAUAUUAAAAACUUCCCUAAACAGGGCUGCCUUCAGAUGUCUUUUAAAGAUAAGAUAGCUGCUUAUUUCCUUCACAUUUGAAGGAGGGCGUUCCACAUGGCGGCGCCACUAGAGAAGGCUCUGACAGUCCUCAUUGCAGAGUGAGGUUACAGGAACCAGACACUCUGGUUCCCUGUAACCUCACUUCUUGCAAUGAGGGAACUGCCAGAAGGCCCUUGGAGCUGGACCUCAGUGUCUGAGCAGAACGAUGGGGGGUGGAGAUGCUCCUUCAGGUAUACAGGACUGAGGCCGUUUAGUGCUUUAAAGGUCAGCACCAACACUUUGAAUUGUGCUCAGAAACGUACUGGGAGCCAAUGCAGAUCUCUCAGGACCAGUGUUAUGUGGUCCUGGCAGCCACUCCCAGUCACCAAAUGUUUCAAAGCCCCAAAUGUUUGAGACUAGGUUACCUGAAAGUCUGCUGCCUUCCCUAUGUACCUAUCUGAACCUUAAGGUCCUCUUUAGUGGCCCUACUCGGAGUCCUCCAAGUUAAUAAAGAGAGGUGGGUGAACCUCCAAGGACAGAGCCUUUUGGGUAGUGGCAUCUCAGUUAUGCAACAGGCUUUUCAGAAAGCUUUGCCUCGAUGGUGAUUUGGUGCCAGGGUUUUUUUUUUGUUUUUGUUUUGGUUCACCUAGCUGUUUUAAAUAAGCUCUGUAUUCUGACCCUGUUUUUCUUUUUAAAAAUCUGUUUGUAACUUUUGUAACCUGUGAUGGUGUUUACAUAUAUGUAUUUUCUUUAACUGUUUGACAUUUUUGUGUCUUUUACUUAUUUAUUAUAAUUCACCCAGGGAAUUUUAUGUUAUGAGGCUGCAUAGAAAGAUGUAAAAUGGCACAUGACAUGAAGUGGCUGGUGGGAGUCCUGACGGUUAGGAUUGAGGAACCCUUCACCCCUGUUGUUUCUGUCUUGGAAACUGCAAAUAAUAUUCAUGGGACAAUGAAGUUGCCAUUAUUAGGCUAGGGUUAUCUCUAAGUGUGUUAAAAGUGUAGUUUUUCCCCAAGAGACCUCCUAAUAGUCAUGAUGACCUACAAAACAAAGGUGUCUGGCUUGAAGGAACCCUCAGCCAACCAUUUGCUAACUUCUGGUAAAGUCUCUGUCCUGUGGAAACUGAUAAGGUAAAGGUAAAGGGACCCCUGACCAUUAGGUCCAGUCAUGGCCGACUCUGGGGUUGUGGCGCUCAUCUCGCUUUAUUGGCCGAGGGAGCCUGUGCACAGCUUCCGGGUCAUGUGGCCAGCAUGACUAAGCCGCUUCUGGCGAACCAAAGCAGCGCACGGAAACGCCGUUUACCUUCCCGCUGGAGCGGUACCUAUUUAUCUACUUGCACUUUGUGCUUUCGAACUGCUAGGUUGGCAGGAGCAGGGACCGAGCAACGGGAGCUCACCCCGUUGCGGGGAUUUGAACCGCCGACCUUCUGAUCGGCAAGUCCUAGGCUCUGUGGUUUAACCCACAGUGCCACCCGUGUCCCAUGGAAACUGGUAGGGAGGAGCAAUUUGUUCUGGAGUAACUUGGUGUGUACAAGGGAUACGUAUACAACAGCACUGAGAUACCUGCCAUCUCUUGCACAUGUCAAGUGUACAGUUUGUGUACAUAUGCUCCCAUCCUUUCAAUGGCUGAUUUUGAAACAAGUAGUUUCUGUUUCAGUCGGUGUAGCACAGUGGCAUUUAGCAACUCAUGCAUGAACUGGGAGGUCCCCAGUUCAAAUGCAUUUCCAUCAAACUUGCGAGCUAUUCUUCAGCAAGCUGUUCUGUUGGCCUUCACCCAUAAUAAGGGCAAAAAUACUGGUGCACCUUACUGAAUUGUUCCAAGGAGCCAUGAGACCGUGUCUGUGAAAUGCUCUGACAUACCGUAUUUUUUGCUCUAUAAGACUCACUUUUCCCCUCCUAAAAAGUAAGGGGAAAUGUGUGUGCGUCUUAUGGAGCGAAUGCAGGCUGCGCAGCUAUCCCAGAAGCCAGAACAGCAAGAGGGAUUGCUGCUUUCACUGUGCAGUGAUCCCUCUUGCUGUUCUGGCUUCUGAGAUUCAGAAUAUUUUUUUCUUGUUUUCCUCCUCCAAAAACUAGGUGUGUCUUGUGGUCUGGUGUGUCUUAUAGAGUGAAAAAUACGGUAUCUAAUGCAGCCCUUUCCAGACUUCAGUGUCUGUAUGUUUGCACCACUUGAAUUUUGCUGGGAGCCUUGGCGCAUCUCUUAAUUAGCUUCUUUCUCCAGUGGCGGCAUCCUCAUCAAAACCAGCACAGCAUUAGGAAAGUCUUGUACCCCCUAGGACAGAGUGCUGAGAAGGGCUCUCUGGACUGGUGUAUAGUAGAGAAAAAAUUGUAGACAGCGCCAGCAUAAUGUGAAAAAUCACACGCCCUCGGUCCUUUGCUAGCCGCUCUGUUGGAUAAAAUUGAACCUUGUCAAAAUGGCCUUGAAUCUCCAUUAGCAAAAAGAAUGAAGUGCAGGACAAAAUACUGAAACAAAUUAUUUUUAACUGAUCUGCAGCUUUUCUACAGACUUUUCUACAAUUCCAUGAGCUGCUUGUUUGAAACCUCUGACUGAAGGCAGUCUGCAAAUGCUGAGUUGUACUGGCCCUUCUUGCAUCUCUACUCCUAAUCAUGCGAAAGGGAAGCAAGAUUGCACUAUCGUGCUAAACAGGCAGCAGUGGGGUUUGCAGAGUGCAGAAUGUCUGGGCGCAGCCAGGACCCACAGUCCCCACUUCCUCUUCAUACACUUAGUAUAAGCAUGAAGGCAACUUGCGAAAUGGGCUUGUGUCUUGUGGUGAGCCGCUACUCACAGCCCUAGUGUCUGGCUUACCAAGAGACUUGCUGUAGCUAACCACGUACUCAUAAGAACUUGCAGCAACUGCAAGGCAUGAUGCUGAAUGGAAACAUCUUUAAGGUUUUUAUUUCAUCCUUUGCUUUCUAAGUGUACAUUCCCUGUCAAAAAAAACCACACCAAAACGCCACAUUUAACCUUUCUGGUGAAGGUGUUUGUGGGAGUUUAAUCUCCCUGGACUUGUGUGUCAGCAGUACAGUGGUACCUCAGGUUAAGUACCUAAUUCGUUCCGGAGGUCUGUUCUUAACCUGAAACUGUUCUUAACCUGAAGCACCACUUAAGCUAAUGGGGUCUCCUGCUGCUGCCGUGCCACUGGAGCCCAAUUUCUGUUCUUAUCCUGAAGCAAAGUUCUUAACCUGAAGCACUAUUUCUGGAUUAGUGGAGUGUGUAACCUGAAGCGUAUGUAACAUGAAGCGUAUGUAACCUUGAGGUACCAUUGUAUGUUGUUUAUUGAAGAGUUUAUAUCUACUUUUGUAAUGUCAUGAGGCCUUGUAUUUACAUGCUGGCCUGGUAGUCAUAGGCUAGGUAUAGGUGAAGGGGAUGAUGGAGGAGGAGGAGGAGGAGGAGUGGAGCAAUCUCUCUUCCUCUUCUGCACCCAGCAUAGACACUGGGCUAUAACAGGCAGGAAGGCCCAGCCCUGAACAUCCAGUGUGGAAAGGGUUUCAUCCCUCCAUGCAGCAGGCUAGUGAUCUGGGGGAUGUGGGGAAGAAGUAUUAGAAACUAGGAUAGAAAAGCUAUUUGCCACAUGGCUCCUGCGACCUUGGUUAUAGGCACAGAAACAGAAAGUCUAGUCGCCAUUUUGUCAUUUUACAGAUGUGACAUAUGCAGCGGUGUGGGAAGUGGUGCAGCAACCCUACUUGGGAGUCAGGUAGAGAGGCAUUUCUCCUCCUGCACCCUCAGCAUCAGCAGCUGCAAUUUUAUUCUUGAGUCUCAGUCGCCAUACAUGACAAGAAGGCUUCUCGAAGUGUUGACGUUCUGGCAAUCCCCAGUCGCAAAAUGCACCUGACGCCUGGCUAAUUUCCAACACUGGAGCAGUUGAAUACAGUUUGGGCUUAUUUACAAGUCUGUCCUAAACUGUAUAAAAUUAAUGCCCUUCUUUUACACAGGUAUUAAGAUGCCCGCAGACUUGACAACCACUUAAAUAUUGUGAUUGCUAUAUUUCUAAUCAAAUGCACAAAAUUGCUGCACAUUUAGCUGAAUAAGCACUCUGGCUAAUUCUCCCACUCACUUUUAUACAGGCUAUCAGUUGUUACUAAUGAUAACAAUAUAUCAUCUAGUAGCAGUCAGUUUCCCUUGGAAUGCCAGUUGGCCAAUGAGAGGGCAAGUACUGCUGUGCUCAAGUCCUGCUUAUGGGUUUUCCAAGGGGUAUAUGGUUGACCGCUAUUAAAAUAGAAUGCUGGACUAGAUGGGUCUUUGGUCUGAUUCAGCAGGGCUGUUACAUUCUUGCAGGCUAGAAUUUUACAUGUGAAAUUAAAAUACUACCUACUCCUUCAGAUUUCUUUUGUGUAGUGGGCAUUUUGACAAUUGAUGAUCCAAUAGCUAUUGCAUCAACUUCCAAGGCUCCGUACGGUUGUCUGUGAUGUGAGAAUAGGAGCCAGAUACAAAGCAGCGACUGGCUUGUGCCUUAGGCAAAGUGAUAAUUCAUGUGCUGUCAAGGUUGGCUGCUUAGCUUUUAUCAGGUUGAAUUACUUCCCUGUCCCUUUAAAACGUUACAGUAGCUUCCUCCAUAUUGAUAUUGGCUAAAGAGGAUAAAGUUGAUUAACUGCAGAUUGUUCUUGGGUGCAUUCCAGUGGAAGAUCUAUAAUUUUAAAAGCCGUAGGGAUAUCUUAAGGGUUUUCCCCUGACUUGUGGAAUAAAAGCAUUGAAGUGGGCCUGUUAGAAGAAAAUGUAUCUUUUUAUGUAAGUGCAGUGGCACUACAUAAUUUCAUUUUUUUUUAAUAUUUCAAAACUUGAGGCUACCUUUGAAGAAUGGUCUUCUGAGAUGCUUCAGAAUGGUGGUUGUGUGCAUCAUAGUCAUUACACUGGUUUAGAUGAACACCCUAACUGGUCUUGUCCGCUUCAGUCCUGGUGUUAAAGCAGGCUUCCUCAACCUCCAACCUUCCUCCUUCCAUAUGUUUUUGGCCUACCACUCUCAUGAUCCCUAGCUAGCAGGACCAGUGGUCAGAGAUGAUGGGAAUUGUAGUCUCAAAACAUCUGGAGGGCCGAGGUUGAGGAAGCAUGCGUUAAAGAAUUAUGAAGAACUUUUGGCUUCCCAAAUAGGAGUAAGCUUGAAUCUCCACGAGUCUCCAUUUUAUUGCAGUGCAGUGGAUGAUACUGGAAUGUGGCGUGAUUUCAGGCUUCAAAACUGUUCCCGUUCCAUAUGGUAAUGGAUUUAUAUAUUGGGUGGAUUAUUUCCCAUAUUGGCACCAGGAGCCCUGCUUGGAUGGUGGAGAGACAAGCAUAGAGAGUACUCACAUCAUCUGAACUAGUUGUGAUCUGUAAACUCUUGUUGCAUCAUGAGAUUCAGCCGUAGAGGCAUAAUUCUACAGAAGCCACCAGUCUGCAGAGGUGAUUUAUGAAUCUGGGCUGAACAUGAACCUCAUGAAGCUUUAUGAACGAGUGAUGAUAUUUUAGCCUAACCUAAUCUUGCGGAUAUGUUGGAAUAAAUUAAGAACCAUGUGGCGCAUGUUUUCUCCUUAAACUUCUAGGGAUAUUAUGAUUGGCAAGUGAAAUCUGCUCAUCUGCUCAUCAAUUCAUUCACUGCCAUACCAAUUUUUUUUAAUGACCAUUGCCUGUCACAGCUUGUCUCACUUUAACCAAAUGGCUAAUACAGCUUUGCUUCCCUUCCCACUACUUGGAUUUGGGAGACCAUUAGUCCAUCAUGGGAGAGAAAGAUGUGAGGUGCUUUCACUGGACAUUUUUAAGUGCAAAUUGUUGUGUAAUAGGCUUAGGAAAAUCUUGACGGAGCUUAAAUUAUGUCGUGGAACCGCUUGGCACAUUCUUCUGCUUCACUUCAUUCAUAAUGUUUCAAUAAAGUCAUGCUGGUUUUUACAUCCUGUUCCUUAAAUAAUUCGCUUAGACGUUUCAUUGAUUGCAGCGGAGCUUGAUUUCUAAUUGUGUUAUUAGAGUUAACAGUUUUCACCCAUAACAACGGAAUUCAGAAUCACCUGGUAGAAAUGACUGAUAAGGGAAGCCAGGACAGAAAUGUCUUCACAGACACAAAAUCAACUUACAAUUCACUGUCCCAAGAUAAGAUAAGGUAAAGGUAAAGGACCCCUGGAUGGUUAAGUCCAGUCAAAGGUGGCUUUGGGGUUGAGGCGCUCAUCUCGCUUUCAGGUCGAGGGAGCCGGCGUUUGUCCACAGGCAGCUUUCCGGGUCAUGUGAACACCGUGACGGAAAACCAGAGCGCAUGGAAAUGCCUUUUACCUUCCCGCCACAGCGGUACCUAUUUAUCUACUAGCACUGGUGUACUUUUGAACUGCUAGGUUGGCAGGAGCUGGGACCGAGCAAUGGGAGCUCACCCCAUUGUGUCCCAAGAUAACAAUGAUACUGACUGUGAAAUUGGACAGUUUUUUAAAAAGUAGACUAAUUCAUGACAUGGAGCCUAUUUGUUCAGAGGUAGUUCACAUCUUAAGCUCAAAUGCUGAGGACAAACGGGGAAGGUUGCUUUUUUAUAAUCUGGGAGCUUUCCGGGGAAAAUCUGCAUAAUAAGAAUAACUUUACUUAAGCCUAUUGCAGUCUUACUGUUCUUGGGGGCAAAAUAAACUAACACUCUUAGUAGAGAUAUCUCGUGCUUGAAAGGGAUUUCCCAAGAUGGUGCACAUAUUCAGAUUUCCAGAGGCUAACUGCUGAUGUCACCCAUUGGGCGAAACAGUCCAUUGGAACUUUCCCUCCUCCAUGGUAGACUCAUAGAGUUGGAAGGGACCAAUGCAGGAAUCUUUCAUCCAAUGUGGGGCUCGAUCCCACAAUCCUGAGAUUAAGAGUCUCACGCCCUACUGACUGAGCCAACUUAGAAAGAGGAGUGGCUUCUCAUUUCCUGUUGCACUUUUUUAAAGAAGAUGGCAGGGAGGUACUGCUAGUGUUUCAUGCACAACCCCCUGCUGAGGUCCAGCACCGAGGGCCUUUUGGCGGUUCCCUCAUUGCGAGACGUGAGGUUACAGGGAAACAGGCAGAGGGCCUUCUCGGUAGUGGCGCCCGCCCUGUGGAACGCCCUCCCAUCAGAUGUCAAGGAAAUAAACAACUACAGUCAUACCUCGGGUUACAGACACUUCAGGUUGCGUGUUUUCGGGAUACGGACGCGCCAAAACAUGGAAGUACCGGAACGGGUUACUUCUGGGUUUUGGCGCAUUUGCAGAAGCACUAAAUCGCGCUUUGCUCAUGAGCAGAAGCGCCGAAUCACAACCCGCGCAUGCGCAGAUGUGGUGCUGCGGGUUGCAAACGUGCCUCCCACACAGAUCAUGUUCGCAACCUGAGCAUCCACUGUAUCUGACUUUUAGAAGACAUCUGAAGGCAGUCCUGUUUAGGGAAGUUUUUAAUGUCUGAUAUUUUAUUGCAUUAUCAUUAUCAUUAAUUCUGUUGGGAACCGCCUAGAGUGGCUGAGGAAACCCAGCCAGAUGGACGGGGUAUAAAUAAUAAAUUAUUAUUAUUUAUUUUGGGCUCCUCAAUGCUGGGGAGCAGCAGGCAGAUGGAUGGAUGGCAGUCCUGCCUGAGGAGGAAUCCAACUGAUAAAAUAAUAUCUGUCACCCAGGCCAUCAUUUUUAAAAGUAGCAGCUAUCAACACAAGGUUUAAGUGGUAGAAUAGAAAUGGGUGCAGUGAAGAGAAUCUCGCACAUUUGUGACUGAUGUUCUUCUUUGCCACUUAAAUCCAAAGCAAUAUGCCAGGUGGCAUGACGGCGGCCUCUGCCUGGUAUUUAAUGAGGGUCAAGUCUGCCUGUGUCGUUGAAGGAUUGUAUGUGAUGGAUGCAAACGUUUUAACACUGCGGCAGAAUCCUCUUUCUAUUAAUAAAAGGAUUUCAGGGUAACACUGCAAUCCCUCUCCCCCUCCCCCGUGCUUGUUUUGGAGAAAUGGGCUUUUUCUUCUUCUUCUCAGCUGCUAACCUCUGGGAUAACUUACGUAAUGUGGCCAGUCGAGGGCUGACAAAUCCUACACAUGAGCCAGAAAAGGCAGGGGUGGUAGUACUCGAAUAAGGGAGCAUAUGAGCUAUAUGUGAUGUAAAAAGGGUUAUUCAAACUUGCAGUUAAUAUAGGAGCUGAGGGAAGAAGCUGAACAUCAGUUCUGUAGUUUGUGGUACCAAAUUAUUUUUGAUGCAUGCAGCACCGAGGCAAGGCAACAAUUUGUGAUCUUUUGGAACUGUUUAUGUUUGUGUUGCUAUAUUUCAAACAUUGAAAAUCCGGACAGAAAAGUUGUUGAGCUUAUUUUGGCAAAGCUCUUGAGCAGGAGCCAGCAAGCUUUUUCAGCAGGGGGCCGGGACCUUGUGGGGGGGCCGCACUAUAUUUUACAUUUUUUAAAAAAAUGAAUGAAUUCCUAUGCCCCACAAAUAACCCAGAGAUGCAUUUUAAAUAAAAGGGCACAUUCUACUCAUGUAAAAACACGCUGAUUUCCAGACCGUCUGCGAGCCGGAUUUAGAAGGCGAUUGGGCCGGAUCCGGCCCCCGGGCCUUAGCUUGCCUACCCAUGUUUUUGAGUGACAUCGCAAAAAAGAGAGAGGGACGUUUUUAAACUAUUUCUAAGGAAAGUCAGCACUGCUGACAUGGGCUGGCAUAUGUCUGGAAUUUCCCAGACACUGCAGUAUUCCGGAUAUGUCCAGGAAAUUCUGGACGUAGGGCGACCCUGUGCCUAUAUUGUAUGCAAAACUAGUGAAUCUGUCUCCUCUUGGCCAGGUACAAACUAAGGUGCUAUUUGUGUGCAGUGCUAACCCAUGAUUUAGUAGUACAUAGAGAAUCCUCAGUGAGCCUGAACAUAGCAUUGGGCUUGCAUGCUGCUCCCCUGCUUCGCGUGUGCCUGCCCAGGAGGAAGACGUUACCAGAGUUUAGUUCUACUUUCUAAAGAAUCCUGGUGUCCUAAUAAUUAACAGCACCCUUAACAAACCACAGUUCCCAGGUUUUUGAGAGGGGAGUCAUGACUGUUAAAGUGGUAUAAAGGUAAAGGGACCCCUGAACAUUAGGUCCAGUCGUGGAUGACUCUGGGGUUGCGGUGCUCAUCUCGCUUUACUGGCCGAGGGAGCCGGCGCACAGGGUCAUGUGGCCAGCAUGACUAAGCCGCUUCUGGCGAACCAGAGCAGUGCACAGAAACGCUGUUUACCUUCCCGCCAGAGCGGUACCUAUUCAUCUACUUGCACUUUGACGUGCUUUCGAACUGCUAGGUUGGCAAUAGCAGGGACCGAGCAAUGGGAGCUCACCUCGUUACGGGGAUUCGAACCGCCGACCUUCUGGUGGGAUGCGGGUGGCGCUGUGGGUAAAAGCCUCAGUGCCUAGGACUUGCCGAUCAAAAGGUCGGUGCUUCGAAUCCCUGCGGUGGGGUGCGCUCCCGUUGCUCGGUCCCAGCGCCUGCCAACCUAGCAGUUUGAAAGCACCCCCCGGGUGCAAGUAGAUAAAUAGGGACCGCUUACUGGCGGGAAGGUAAACGGUGUUUCCGUGUGCUGCGCUGGCUCGCCAGAUGCAGCUUUGUCACGCUAGCCACGUGACCCGGAAGUGUCUCUGGACAGCGCUGGCCCCCGGCCUCUUAAAUGAGAUGGGUGCACAACCCUAGAGUUGGACACGACUGGCCCGUACGGGCAGGGGGUUACCUAGGCUCUGUGGUUUAACCCACAGCGCCACCUGCGUCUCUAAAGUGGUAUAGGAGUUCUUUAAAUGUAGGGCUUUUUCUCAGCCGGAACUGAGUUCCGGCACCACUCAGUUGGGGCCAUUGCCAUUAUAAGAGAACAAGGGAGGUGAGUUCUGGCACCUCUUUUUCUAGAAAAAUAGCACUGUUUAAAUGUAUGGUGUUGACGUGACCACAGUGAGAAAUUGGGGUAAGUUUUGUUGUUUAAAACUUAAUAGAAGAUGCUCUCUUAUGAAACAGUUAUUUCUGUGCUUGGAGUUAUGUUAAAAACAUUGCACUUGGCAUAUGACAAAUAGCCUUUCCGCUCCUUCUGAACUUGCAGUCUUGCCUUCUGGGGGUUAUAGGUAGCUAGAGAGUUUGAAGUAGAGGAUUUCUCAUCCUACUGGUUACCUCCCACUUCUACUCUUCCAUAAUGGUUGCGAGGAAGGAGGGAAGAUUAGAUGCUAAGAGACACAGUGCACAUUGGGGCUAAGCAGAUGCAAAAAAUCCAGCUGGCAUUUCUUCUUCAAAUGUCUCGAAUAUGGAGAGUUGUAUGCUUUUUCAGCUGCCAAAUGAAAAAAGACAAUUGUGUAACUAAGUUGGGAUAUUCUAAUAAACUCAGAAAAAAUCCAGGGCCUGUGCUGGGAGAUAUAUAUAUAUAUAUAUAUAUAUAUAUAUAUAUAUAUAUAUAUGUAUGUAUGUAUACACACACUUCUCAAAAGAAAGUGUUGGGAGGAUUUUCUAGAUUAGCAGAGGCACUCAACAUUCCAAAGGCCCAGAUAAGGAUUCUGAAAUGCAAGCAGUAGCUGGCACAAAAUGUUGCAGUGUGGAGCGUUCCUAGAAUCAUAGAUUUGGAAGGGCCCAGAAGGGUCAUCUAGAGCAGUGUUCCCCAACCUUGGAUCUUCAGCUGUUUUGGACUACAACUCCCAUCAUCCCUAGCUAGCAAGACCAGUGGUCAGGAAGGCUGGGAAUUGUAGUAUGAAAACAGCUGGAGACCCAGGGUUGGUAAACAAUGAUCUAGAGCAGGCAUGGCCCAACUUGGCCCUCCAGAUGAUUUGGGACUACAACUCCCAUCAUACCUAGCUAACAGGACCAGUGGUCAGGGAUGAUGGGAAUUGUAGUCCCAAAAAUAUCUGGAGGGCCAAGUUUGGCUAUGCCUGAUCUACAGAAAAAGCCUCCUAGAGGAAAAAUCUCUUCAAAAGCUUAGUUUAGUCAGAAUCAAGUAUACACUUCCAGAGUUAAUGUGAAAUACAUUACUUCUGAUAAAUGAGACUGCUAGAGGGCCGUGAAAAUUUGUGUCCCGGGCUUUUUAGAUUCGUCUACCCAUGUACUAAGGGACGCGGGUGGCGCUGUGGUCUAAACCACUGAGCCUCUUGGUCUUGCUGAUCAGGAGGUCGGCGGUUCGAAUCCCCGUGAUGGGGUGAGCUCCUGUUGCUCGGUCCCAGCUCCUUCCAACCUAGCAGUUCGAAAGCUUGUCAAGUGCAAGUAGAUAAAUAGGUACCGCUCCGGCGGGAAGGUAAAUGGCAUUUCCGUGUGCUGCUCUGGUUUUGCCAGAAGCGGCUUAGUCAUGCUGGCCACAUGACCCGUCAAAACUGUCUGCAGACAAAAGCCGGCUCUCUUGGCCUGUAAAGCGAGAUGAGUGCCGCAACCCCAGAGUCAUUCGCGACUGGACUUAACUGUCAGGGGUCCUUUACCUUUACCCAUGUACUAUCUGAAUCCAAAGGGGCACAUUGGUUUCCAGAUGUGAACUUUUUUCCCAGCUCUCCUAUCCCAGUAUGGAAAGCUUUUAUAAAUGAAGAGUCCUUGCAGUUUUUCUUUUCUUUUCAGGCUGCUGGUAGGCCAUACAUGAUUUGAUUGUGUGGGAAGGUGGAAUAGUUCGAGGUUUUUUUUAAAGCAACCCAACAAUGAAUACCUUAUGGACUAGAAACCCUUUUGGCCUUUCUUGCCUAGCUGUACUAAAAAUGAAGCUUGUUUAUGCUUAAGAAUUAAUAGCACAUGUAUACAACACAGCAGCACAUCUGCAUCAUUCAUAAAUUCUCAGAUGAGCUGGCAUUUAUAGAAGAGAAAUACAGGGAAAUAAAAGUCAGAAAAGACCAGUUGAACUCCUUCCCAUUCCUGUUGCCACAACACUCCAUGUUCUGAUAACAAAUACUUUCAUGCAUCUCUAUCUUGUCUCGUUUUCUGUAAACAACUUGUGUUUUUUUAGAUAAUUCUAUCUUUUGUAAGAGCCAGGAGAAAAUUGUAGGUAUGUGUUUUGAGACCUGAAGAAUAAUCCUUUUGUACUCCCCAUGCAGUUCUAUGUAGUUAUGCCAUUUAUUACAGUCAUACCUCGGGUUACAGACGCUUCAGGUUGCGCACCGUGCUGAACCCAGAAGUACCAGAACGAGUUACUUCCGGGUUUUGGCGCUCGCGCAUGCACAAGAACACUGAAUAGCAACCCGAGCGUGCGCAGACACGGCGCUGCGGGUGGCGAAUGUGCCUCCCACAUGGAUCACGUUCGCAACCCAAGUAUCCACUGUACUUAGAAAACACCCAAAUUCUACAAGCAGGUCCAAGAAUUCAUUAAUAUUAAAGAAAAAACACCACCUUCAGUUGACUGCUAAGAAGUGUUGGGUGAAAUCUCAAUCAUGAAUGUUUGUCCAAAAUGGGGUGGUAAUGCUACACUCUUACAGAAUGUGCUAAAUUAAUAUAGAGAGCACUGCGACUCCAGUAGCAGACCAAGUAUGACUUUCUCCUACUUUGGGGGGGGGGGAAGGUGCAGCCCCCCCCCCAAGUUACUGGUACUGAAAUAAACUUACUAACAGUGCAAUUCAAUGCAAGAUGCAUAAUUCUAUAACUAACCUUCACUUGAUGAAAUAUAGCCAUUUAAAAUGUCAGUUGUGCAUUUUGAUUCAGCAGGUUUUAAAAUUAGAAUUCAAAAUUUGCAGGACUUCAAGUUCACAAAUGGAAAAGUUUGAAUGACAUGGCAGCUUCUGAUCAAGUGUUUCCUGCAGUUCAGGGCAUUAUUUUUGUGGAAAACCAAGCAUGAGGGUAGUUUGUGGCAGAGAAAAACUGCACACUCCUUAAUAGGGAGAGCAUGAAGACAAGGACACAGCCUAUAAGUACAUGAGUGAUAAGCAUCUGCUGUCCUCAAAGUUUAUCUUGUGGUUUAUUGUUUAGCAAAGACCAUCUUUUUGUGGGUGUGUGUUCCAAGAAUACAUAACUUGGUGAGGCUUUUUCUCUCGUCCUCAUUUGAACCUUGGGUAGCUUAAUUUAAAUAACAACUGGCUUCAGACUCUUUCUGGAUUUUUUGCUGUAAACAUACUUCAAAUCGCAAGCAGGAUUUGAAAUAGGAGCAGCGGUAGAAGGUUAUAUAUGAAACAGAAGAAUGCGUCUUCGGAGAAAUGUUUAUUAGAAUGCAGCAUGUAUAUGGGAUGGGAUUAAGAACAUCUCAGAGGGAAAGGCAGGAAGCCAAAAGUUUAAAGAGACCCCUAUACCAAAUUUGGAAUCGGGAAUCUAUACCAUAUUUUUUGCUCUAUAAGACUCACUUUUUCCCUCCUAAAAAGUAAGGGGAAAUGUGUGUGCGUCUUAUGGAGUGAAUGCAGGCUGCACAGCUAUCCCAGAAGCCAGAACAGCGAGAGGGAUUGCAGCUUUCACUUUCACAGCGAUCCCUCUUGCUGUUCUGGCUUCUGAGAUUCAGAAUAUUUUUUUCUUGUUUUCCUCUUCCAAAAACUAGGUGUGUCUUGUGGUCUGGUGCGUCUUAUAGAGCGAAAAAUAAAGUUUAAUAAAAAAUUGACUACUGAGUACUAGGUCUUUCAGCGCAUCCCUAAGCUUGUUUAUUCAGAAGGCCUGUGCUCAAAGGGGCUUACUCUCUCGUAAGUGUGUUUUGCUCUGGAGCUGUUGUGUCUCAAAGAACUUGUGCUUCUGAACUUCUAGAACAUAAAGGUUUUGCUGUGGGGUGGAACCUGGGAGUUCCUGUCGCAGAAGAGUGAACUGCAGAAACUGUUGUGGGUGAUAUUGAUAAAGAUGCCAAAGAUGUCGAGGUUCACCACUUAACUUGUACACAAGUAGGUAGCACAGAGGAGAGACACCAUGAUUUAACAUCUUGCAAUGAACCUGCAGGAGGGGUAGUUAACUUGGUACCCUCCAGAUCAGGGCUGGAUUUAGGUUUGAUGAGACCCUAAGCUACUGAAGCCCUUUAUAUGUCCAGCUGUCCUUUGACAACAACAAAUUGUCACUUUUUGUGUGUGUGUUGAAUAUAUGCUAUAUGGAAAUUUAUGGACCUAAUAGGUAUCUAAAGCCAUUUGCCCAUGUUGCCAUGCAACCAGUCCAUGCAGAAUGUCGGCACCCUAUAUAUAGAAAUGAGCAAACCAGUGAUAUUUUAGGAAGCAGGCUGGCAGACAGGGCCCAUUACUUACAUCAAAGGAGCCCACACAACACAAAACACUGUUGCUCUAUGUAGAUUUUAUUUUAUUUGUUUUUUAUCUUAGAUUUUGGAAAUGUACAUCCACUUGUUUUUUUCCUUUAAUUUUUUGGGGGGGCCCCAAGAGAGUGGGGCCCUAAGCUAUAGCUUGUUUAGCCAGCUUAUAUGUAAAUCCGGCACUGCUCCAGAUGUUACUGGACUACAACUCCCAUCACGCCCCACCCCAUUUGCCAUGGUGAUUGAGACUGAUGGGAGUCGGAGUUCAGCAACAUAGGACGUGCACGAUAUUGGCUGCCUUUGCUCUUCAGUAUGAAAGAUCUGACACACACACUCAGAGUACUUCAGAGAGGGUGCUGCUUGCCUUCGUGACUAUAAAAUGCAUUUUCGGAUGUGUCCAGGGAAUACUGAAGUGCUUUCUCAAAAAUGCUGGCUUCAAUUCAGCAAACAGAGCUUGAAAGACUUAAUGCUAGGUUUGUGGAAUUUAAGAAUGCGCGGCAGCAAAUACUACAGCAGGACUUGGUAAAGUAUACUGCAUUCUGAAAAUCCAGAUUCUUUUCCCAGCUAUGGUGGAAGGCCAUAAAAAAGGGGCUGCAAGAACUGAGUACCUAAAAAACCUGGAAGCGGAAAAUCGCAACCCGCGGACGUGGGUUGCAUUUGCUUCUGGAUGCGAACGGGGCUCCGGAAAGGAUUCCGUAUGCAUCCAGAGGUACCACUGUAUUGCAUAGUGUAGUGGUUCAAAGCAGGCAGUACAUAGUUUGACUCUUCUCCAAUAUGUUUUUUUUAAAAAUAAUAUUUAUUAAUUUUCCAACCGUUUAAACACAACAAAACAGAAAACAAACAAACAAACAUAAGACUAACAAAACAAGACACAAACCAUUUAAAACAGAAAACAAUUUCAAUAUCUUAACUUUCAUUCCCUUAUUUCCACGACCUCCUCACACCUCCCUUUUUGUAUUCCACUUCUGUUAAUUAUUUCAGCAAUUCCUUUCCAUCUUCCUCUGUUUUCUAUCCUAUAAUUAUCUUAACAUAUUCUAACCUUAUUUUUCCCUUUAAUACUCUAUUAAUCUAGUUAUACUUAAUUCCUUAUAGCAUUUCUACUAAAGCCAUAUAACUUCAUUCCAACAUUUUUCUAACAUUCAUUAUUUUUACAGUAUUUCUAUAAAUAGUCUUAAACUUUUUCCAGUCUUCUUCCACCGAUUCUUCUCCCUGGUCUCGGAUUUCUGCCAGUCGUUUCCGCCAAUUCCAUAUAGUCCAUCAACUUCAUCUGCCAUUCUUCCCGAAUAGAUAAAUCUUGUGUCUUCCAGUACUUCACAAUGAGUAUUCUUGCUGCUAUUGUUGCAUACGUGAAAAAAGUUCUAUCCUUCUUUAACACCAAUUGGCCGACCAUGCCCAGGAGAAAGGCCUCUGGUUUCUUCAAGGGGGUAUAAUUAAAUACCUUUUUCAUUUCAUUAUGAAUCAUCUCCCAAAGUGUCUUAAUCCUUGGGCAUGUCCACCAAAGGUGAACUCUAAUCCUCAAAUUCGUCUGUUUUUCUUUAAGUUCAUUCAUAGUAAGCGUCAACUUAUGUUCAUCAGAUUGCCUCUGUAGGGCUGGGGCUCUCUUUCUCUCCAGUUGUGUUACUUUACAUUCAACAACAACAGCUUUUUCCCCGGCUUCCUCCGCAGUUUGCUGUAUCAAAGUAGGUUCCUGUAUCAAUUUCUGGGUGGUUUCUGUAUUGGUAUUAUUUAUACUUUCUGUAAUUAAGUUAAUUUUAGUAGUUGAAACAUCCACUUUCGCAUUUAUCGUGUCCAUUUUCCUGUUAAGCUGAUCCAAUGAGUCAUUUAUCUUAUAUAAUGCAGCCACUAAAGCCUCUUCUGUCGACAUUCCUCUUGGUUUUAAAUAUACUGGUACAAAGGCAGCAACAGAAGGAGCAGGGGAGCCUGAUGGUGGACCUCUCCUGGAUUGUUGCCAAGUCCUCCCAGACCUUAAUGUUUUGUCAGCAGUUGACUGGUCUGUUUUUCCUCUUCCAUUUACCAUAACACUUAAAAAGAUUCAAGGUCAGCCCCAGAGUCUCACGGUUUUUAACUUGCAGCUGGAAAUUUCCCUAGCCCAGCUCUUGUAACGCAACCGGUUUCAAAGGCUUCCACUAGGGGGAAACAGUUUCUAUUUGUAAUAGUCAAUAAUAUCCUCUUUUAAACAAUCCAAAAUUAGUUUCAAAUUAGUUUCAAUUUUCAGUUACUUUUACUCCUUUUUAAAGCAGCCGGAGACAGUAGAAACAAUGUAUUUCUCUUAUUUAACUAGCUGUCAAUGAACGUUCUAAACGCUGUCAAUGAACAUUCCAAAAGACGUCAGUCCUACUAGCAGCCCGUUUCCAGGGUCAGAGCGGCGGUGUUUUAAAUCUCUUCGCUCUCUCCCGCAGGCAUACUCAAUCCACAACUUCCCCCUUUCUUCUCCUGCCUCCAAGAGGGGGUUUAAUGUUCUUUACCGAUGGAAAUUUAAUCUUUUACGAAAGACUUUCCAGGACUCCAGCUUGCAACUUCAUUGCCUCAGUCUAUUUACAAAAGGGGAAGGCGGACUUCCUGUUUUGAACCUCUCCGUUAUGAUACCAAAUUAAACAUUUAGAAAUCCAAUUCUUCCGCUUCAGCUCUACUCACGGAUAAUUACUUUAAAGUCAAAUUGUCCACAGGAAAAGGUCAGCGCUUUCCGGCAACAGCUAUGCGGCUUCGCUCCGUGGAAGAAGCAGACGAUUCGAUGCACAGCGCCGCUCACAGGCUUCUCCCGCCUGUGAUUUUAACGGGUCUCCGCCUUUGCCGUGGCGGCCAGACCCAGAUUUCCACGGAGCAGAUUCCUCUCCAGACUCUUCUCCAAUAUGAACUCACUUGCCUCAGUCUGUUGUGGGGAGUCAUUGUAAGGAUCACAACAGAGUCGUAUUUCAUAGAAUCAUAGAAUUGUGGAGUUGGAAGGGACCUUGAGGGUCAUCUAGUCCAACCCCCUGCAAUGCAGGAAUUAUUUGCCCCAUGUGAGGCUAGAACCCACAACCCUGGGAUUAGGAGCCUCAUUCUCUACAGCGCUGAACAAUGAAGCAUAUACAUGCUAAGUAUUGCUAGUCAAGCAUGGGGGGUUCAGCAAAAUGAAUUUUUUUGAACCACUUACCCAGUCUGCCUUUGUGGGUGAUGCUUUUAAAAAUCAGAAAUAGAUUCUUUCUGCUGCUGGUUUCCAUCCUCCUCCUCCUUCACACCUGCCAUUUUGCUUUUUUUCCAGGACCUCAGUCUGCCCAAUGGUACUCCUGUAGACACUUCAAGCCCAGCCUCUUCUUCCUCACUUCUGAACAGACUGCAGCUGGAUGAUGACUUGGAUGGGGAGAUGAGAGACCUCUUUGUCACUGUUGAUGACCCCAAGAAACAUGUCUGUACGAUGGAGACUUAUAUCACGUACAGGGUCACAACCAAGGUAAAACAAUGUAGCUUUCUCCCUGUGCAUUGUGGCUUUCAGUUCUGUUCCCUGUUUUGUUUCAGGUCAAGACUAGUUUUCUAGACUAGUAAAGGUAAAGGGUAAAGGGACCCCUGACUGUUAGGUCCAGUCGCGGACGACUCUGGGGUUGCAGCGCUCAUCUCGCUUUAUUGGCCAAGAGAGCUGGCGUACAGCUUCCGGGUCAUGUGGCCAGCAUGACUAAGCUGCUUAUGGCGAACCAGAGCAGCGCAUGGAAAUGCUGUUUACCUUCCUGCCGGAGAGGUACCUAUUUAUCUACUUGCACUUUGAUGUGCUUUCGAACUGCUAGGUUGACAGGAGCAGGGACCGAGCAAUGGGAGCUCACCUCGUUGCGGGGAUUCGAACCGCUGACCUUCUGAUCGGCUAGCCCUAGGCUCUGUGGUUUAACCCACAGUGCCAUCCGCAUCCCACUUCUUCUAGACUAGUAGCUGGAAGCUUUUGUGCAUGGAUGAGACCUCACUGAGUAGAGACAUUCUUCUUCUGUAGCAGAAUGUUCAGGCACUAGUAGGGCUGGGCAAUAUAUCAAUAUAUUGUGCAAAACCAGUUUGGUGUCCAUAUUGUGGUGUCAGUUUCAUGAUUUUUGAUGUGGCAAUAUAUUGCAAAUCCUGAUGCAUGUGUGUGUGUGUGCUAUGCAAAAAUCACAAUGUGGGAAAAAUCAGCCAAUGCCAUAUAGCUCAAUCCUUAUUUCAGACAUGAUAUAUCAGUAUAUCACAGUGUUUAGCUGGUGAUAUAUCAUGAUGCUGAAAACCAGAUAUCGCUCAGCCCUAAUACAUAUUUAUAUGACGAACAGAUGUAAAGAGCCUUGAAUGGAGGCAUUUUCCUAGAGAACAUUUUUUCAGUGGCCCAUCUUUAAUGUUUGAAGUGCCUUUAAGCAUAUGAGUUAAGUAGCUUUUCUGCUUGUAACCUUGCUAUUGCUGAAGCAAUUUCUAUCUCAUGGAAUACAAACUGCAAAUAGGCAGCAUUAUACUGUUCUGUAGCAUUACCAAGGAUAAGUGGGUUGUCUGACAUGAACUGCUAAGCAGCAUGGUUGAGAUGUACUGCUAAAUCUAGUGCUUCCUGCAGGAUAUUUCUCUUUUCCCUCUGUAUUGAUCGCCUUAUGAAACCCACCCCAUUCAAGGUUAUUUUGCACAACUGGCUUUACACAGUAAGCUCACACUUUUUCAUAUUUUUUUUUUCUUUUCCUUUUCUUUUAUUAAAGUUUUUCUUUUCUUUUAUUAAAGUUUUCUUGGUUUACAAAGGUACGUGCAAUGUCUCUUUUUUCAAGUUACAUUAGGGUUACAUUAGGAAGAAAAAGAAGGGACGCGGGUGUUGCUGUGGGUUAAACCACAGAGUCUAGGAGCUGCCAAUUAGAAGGUCGGCGGUUCGAAUCUCCGCAACGGGGUGAGCUCCUGUUGCUCGGUCCCUGCUCCUGCCAACCUAGCAGUUCGAAAGCACGUCAAAGUGCCAGUAAAUAAAUAGGUACCGCUCCAGCGGGAAGGUAAACUGUGCACUGCUCUGGUUCACCAGAAGUGGCUUAGUCACGCUGGCCACAUGAGCUAGAAGCUGUACGCCGGCUCGCUCGGCCAAUAAAGCGAGAUGAGCGCCGCAACCCCAGAGUUGGUCAUGACUGGACCUAAUGGUCAGGGGUCCCUUUAUCUUAACCUAGGAAGAAAAAAGGGGAGAAGAGGUGGAGGGGGCCAUGGUGGGUGGGGGUGGGGUCGGGAGGCGAUAUUUCUAUUUAGCUUAAUGUAUGUGUGGGUUUUUGUGUCAGCGUCGUUUGUGCAGGUUUUCUUUGCUAUUCGCUUGUGUUGCUUUGGUGCUGAGAGAAAUUGGUUUUGGCCUAGGGUGCGGUUGCUUGUGUGUGAUUAGCUGUGCUGAACUUUGUUUUCGUGUGUGCGUGGGGUGGGUGGGUGUUUUUGAAUCAGGUUAGCUGUAUUGAUUCAUAUGCUGUUGGAGCUCACACCUUAUUUGUGGUUCAUAGAAUCAUAGAAUUGUUGGAAGGGAUAUUGGGGGGGGGUCAUUUGGCCAACCCCCCGCAAUGCAGAAAUCUCAGCUAAAGCAUCCGUGGCAGAUGGCCACCCGACCUCUGCUUUAAAACCUCCAAGGAAGGAGAGUCCACCACCUCCUGAGGGAGACCGUUCCACUGUCAAACAGCUCUUACUGUCAGAAAGUUUUUUCUUAUGUUUAAUUGGAAUCUCCUUUCUUGUUCAUAUGCCUUACUUGAGACUGGGGCCGUGUGUGUGUGUGUUUGUGUGUGCACACGCGCACAGUGAUGUUGUGUGUAGCUCACAUCUACUUCCAAAUACUUUGUGACAGGCCUCUCCUCUCACCCAUUCAAGUUAGGAUGAUUUAGCACAUUGCAUCAAAGGAAGCUGUCAUGCCCACUUUAUGGCUUAAUAUCUGUAUUGUAUGCCUUUAGCUGUCAUGGCUUCUCUGGAAAAUCCAAUGUUUAAAGUGACAAGUGUUAAAAAAUUCUGUUAGAUCUCCAGAUUUCUGCCUAGUUUCAAGGAAUCCCUGGGGAGAGCUUUAGUCAUCUGCUUUAUUAAACCCACUUGGCUUUCUCAUAGUUCUGAGAACUUGCUUUGUAUUGUGCGGUUAAUAACAUUUGCAGAGCUGUUUUUCUUGCUGAAGAUAGUUCUUUGACUUCUAAGUUCCACAGUUUUCUUGACUCACUAGCUUAGAGAGUUUUCUCUCAUAGGCACUGGCUAUGGGUGUCUAUGGUUGAGAGCACACAACUUAUUUCACUCUCUCCCCCCUUCUUGCCACAAGAAUGUAAGAAUUUUCCAGGUCGGGCUGCCAUUGCUGGUGUUCGAAGGUCUUGCAUUCAUUUGUAGUUUGUGCAAUGCGAUUCUCCCUCUUCAUGAAUAUUUCUAUUGCUUGUAUACUUCUGGGUGAAAUGAGUACCAGUGCCUUGUAUUGGAUAAUGCCUCUAAACUCACAAGCAAUGUAUGCUUGUUUUUUGAUGGUGUUGUGUGCAUAAGCAAGAGAGAGUAGAGAAUCUUGGCAUUCACCUCAGAAAUAUUCCCAUAUAAAUUUUUCCAUUCAUUUUGAACAAUUCCUCCCAGUUUGAUGGUAGAACAAUGGGGGAGCAGGUUUGCUGCCAUCUAUCCUGAAAAACUGCAAUCUCCACUAUGGGUGAAAUAGUUUGAUUUCAGUUGUAUCCAACUAAGUUUUACUCAGUAGAGUCCCCCUGAAAUUAAAGGACCUAAGUUAGUCAUGUCUUUUAGUUUUAAUGGGUUAAGUCCAAAUGUGACUGAUGUUGGAUAGAACCAUUGGUACAGAAACAAGAUUUGUGAUUCGAGGAACCGUCCCCCGCUUGGGUAUAAUAAAGACACGUGGACACAGUAUAUUAGGUUAAUGGGCUAGAAAAGGCCACAACUUUAUUGAUUACAGCAUGUGAGAGGUAUUGGCUUAGGCAUUGGAUGACAGCAAAUUUUGACUCCACCCACUCGGAGAGGGGUGAGUCUGACGAGGGUUAACCACCAGUAGGGGGAGCCUGUUGAUGCAAAUACAACUAUAAGCUCACCCCUGAUGUCACCGGGGGUCGUGCCAUGGCCCCCAGCCACGCAGGGCAUCGGACAGGAUCCACGAUCGCCGGAUUCCUUUAACAGAAUACCCAUAAGUGAAGGGGUAGGCGAUGGCCACACCCUGCCCUUCCGUACACCAACAACACAUCCGGCAGCACAGUGGAGGGGAGAGCUGGCGCGGCAGCAUUUGAGUGGCUAGACCACACCCCCUAGCCGACACCUGAUUGGUGCCAUUCCAGGGGGCGCGGCGCGCCAACGACGAAGGACUCGGAUCCCGAUCACAAUCCCUCCCCUCCGGGAGGAGGAGAGGCUUAACAUGAAGAGACGGUGGUGUGGGGUUGUUGUUUUUUGUUUCGUUUUUUUUCCAAUGUGCUGGCUCUUGUUUUCCCCAGCAAAGCACAAAUUUAGUGUCUGACAUAGAGAUGCUAAGAGGGGAUGCAAGGAGGGGAAUUCCCAUUGAGCAGGGGAAGUUCUUGUGCUAAAACGAUACAGCUUCGUUGGGAUACAACCUUAAGUGUUAAUUUUCCAGAACAAAGAAAGGGAACACAUCCAUCAAAGAUACAAAAAAUCCAUAGGCUCAGUUACUAUGUUAAUGUUAUCUUUUACCUUUUCCACUCCUCAAGGAAUGUUCCAUUCAAAUAACUAAAAGUUGACAUAUCCAUCACACACUUGUCCAAUAAGUCCUUCCCUUCCCUUCCCUUCCCUUCCCUUCCCUUCCCUUCCCUUCCCUUCCCCUUCCCCUUCCCCUUCCCCUUCCCCUUCCCUCCUCUUUAUUUUCUGUCCCUUAGUUUUUAUGUUUUUAAAAAAAUGCUUGAUAUUUGCUGUUAACUUUUGUAUAUUGCUUCCCCCCAAGCUUUAAUAAAAAGAGCUUUCAAAAUAGGGGCACUUGUCCAAGUUCAAUUUUGAGUUGAUUCCCAGGUUGGGCAUCUUAAAUUGCCAGAGGCAUAUGAAAAUAAAAUUUGUUUCUUUGCUAAUGCUUGAAUGGCUCGACUUGAGGUAUGGCUGAUACAUUUGGCUUCAAGCCAGUAAAGAAGUCAACGUUUGGUAAAAGAAAAUUAAUAAUAAUAUGGAGAAUGCAAAGACUAGGGACUUAAGCAUAUAUAUUUUUUACUUGCCCUGUCUGAUUUCUCUUGCUCGCUUUCCCCCUUUCGUUUCAUUUUUAUUCUUAGACCACACGUGCAGAGUUUGACUUGCCAGAGUAUUCCAUGCGCCGAAGAUACCAGGAUUUUGACUGGCUCAGGAAUAAACUGGAGGAAUCUCAACCCACUCAUCUCAUUCCCGUAGGUAGUAAGUCUGAGCCACUAUUUGGUGGAAUAAAUAAUGCACUUAUAAGAAGUGCACAUUUCUGCUUUUUCAGCAGUAAUGGAUUCGAGGUGUGUUUAAAACACUUACCUCAAUUAUUUUGUGGGGGAAAUGCAAAAUAGAACUCCAAAACAUUCCUGUCUGAACUAAUUUAUACUUCAUAUAUUCUGACAUUAUAGGUCUGCAUUACAGCUGCUUACUUGCACUGUUUUCUGAUAUUUGAAACUGUAUUCUGUGGCUAAACUUGACUUCAUCAAUGAGAACAAAAACAGGAUUAUUAUUUUCAAAAGCACUAAUAGCUAAUUUUUACACUAAUAUCAUAAUGUGUGUAGGUUAUACAUCCAUUAUGACAUUUAUGUGGUGGUAUCUUUAAAUUUUUAAAAACCUCUUUAUUUUUCAGAAGUAUUGUGUGUAGCAUUUAAUAAAAACAGAAAGCAGUGCACAAUAACAGAUAAAAAAUUACUGUAGCAGCAUGUUAGAUCAACAGUACCUUUUCUGAUGUAGAACCCUCACUCACUUCCUGUGGGCUAAGAUUCAAAGACCUGCCCCACCACAAAAAAUGUUUCUCAGUUCUUCCCGAAUUGUCUGCUGGUGUGAUGCUCCCAAAAAUAUGUUUGGGAGGGACUUGCACAGGUAACAAGCCACUAGAAGCUACUUGGCCCAACACUUUUGGGUUGUGUGUGUUUGUGCUCCAUGUUUGCCUAAUUUGGGUUCAGUGGUUGAUAUCAAACAUUCAUUGUACCCACAGGAGACCCAUUGAAUUCAGUGGACCUAAAAUACUUAAGCCCAUUGACUUAAGUGGGUUUAUUCUGCAUAUUAUUUCAUUAGAUCUCUCUAACAACGUUACUCAGAAUGCAUUUGGAGUCAGCAAAGCUUCAAAAAUCCGUCUUUCAAAAAAGCUUCCUCUGAAUGGGUGAACACUACUUUGACUUCCCUUCAGAAACAAUUACUGCUUAAAAUUAUUUUUAGGUGAAAAGGUGCAAGUCAGCAGUUUCUUCUGUCCCAGUGAUGUCUUGUAGCAUCUGUGCUGUGAUCUCCAACUCUCUUGGUACACUGAUGGACUAUGAAAAUACUGUUACAAAAUAUUUGCUUCGGUUUUUUAAAAACUUCUGUUUACUAUUGUAGUGGAAGAAAAACUUGAAUGUGCACGUUAUCUGAAACAUCAAAGCUUGGUGAUAGAGAUUUUCUUGUCCCCCUAAACUCCUAAGAUUUUUUCCUGUUCCCUUCCAGCCUCUCCCAGAGAAAUUUGUGGUCAAAGGAGUUGUUGAUCGCUUUUCAGAAGAAUUUGUUGAGACUAGGAGGAAGGCCUUGGAUAAAUUUUUGAAAAGGAUUGCUGAUCAUCCUGUGCUUUCUUUUAACGAACACUUUCAUGUGUUUCUUACUGCCAAAGUAAGUAAAGCGAACCCAUGCAGAACUGUGUUUCAAUGGAUGUGUUUAGAGGAGGGAGCCUUUGUUUAGAAUCUGAUGAAAGAUUGCUUAUCAAUGUUAAACAUGCUUUUAAAUAGCACCAUCAAAUUCAUCUGAUAACCACUCAUGUUAUACAGCUACUUUGGGUGCCAGUAUUUGACAGUUACUGUAUUUUUCUGUGUAUAAGACUAGGUUUUCCCCCUAAAAAAUAAUGUCAAAAAUUAGGGAGCAUCUUAUGCACGGAUACAUCCCCCAUUUUCUUAAAUCUGAGUCCCCCAAAAUAGGGGGCGUCUUAUACAUGGGACAUCUUAUAGAUGGAAAAAUAUGGUAUAUCUUUUUCAGUAUGCCUUAAGCUUAGCAUUUGAAAGAGCACAAUAGAAUCUAGCACCUUCACUAUACAGCUUUAAAGGUAAAGGACCCCUGACAGUUAAGUCCAGUUGUGAAUGACUCUGGGGUUGCGGCGCUCAUCUCGCUUUACUGGUCGAGGGAGCCGACGUUUGUCCGCAGUUUUUCCGGGUCAUGUGGCCAGCAUGACUAAGCCGCUUCUGGUGAAACCAGAGCAGCGCACAGAAAUGCCAUUUACCUUCCCACCAGAGCGGUACCUAUUUAUCUACUUGCACUUAGAUGUGCUUUCAAACUGCUAGGUUGGCAGGAGCAGGGACCGAGCAAUGGGAGCUCACCCCGUUGCGGGGAUUCAAACCGCCAACCUUCCAACCAGCAAGCCCAAGGCUCUGUGGUUUACACCACAGCGUCACCCGUGUCCCUAUUUUACACCUUUUACGUCCCUAUUAUACACCUUUAGGCACAAGGCAAAACGUUCCUUUUCAACCAGGCCUUUGUUUGAUUUGAUUGAAAUCCUAUGCCCUUUUAAAAUGUGGGGUUUAUUUUUUUUGGGGGGGGGAGGUUUAUUCAGUUGUUGCUUUUAUUUUGAUUAUGGAUUUUGUGGUUUUAUAUUUUGUUUUUAUUCUGUGAACCGCCCUGAGACCUCCGGGUAUAGGGCAGUAUAUAAAUGCAAACAAACAAACAGCUGGGACAGAGAUUGCAUACAGGGGAAACUGAGAGGUUUGCUUUCAAGAAAGAGAGAAGAGUGAGCUGUGGGUGGGUGGGAGAAGCAAACAGAAAUAAGAUAUCCUACUGUGAGCAGACCAAAGGCUUGUCUACUCUAGAAUUCGGUUUCCCUCAAUGAUUAAACAGAUUUAUUUGAGAAGCCCACAAGAAAGUCAUCUAACGUGGCAGCCGCCCCCACAUGUUGUGGUAGGGAGUCACAAAGUUUCUCUUCCUCCUUCCCUCACCUGUUAUAAAUAUCUACUUUGCGUAAUGUUACUGCAGUGGUGUGACGUCUGCUGCUUGCAUUCUGGUUGUUGUUAUACAAGGGACGCGGGUGGCGCUGUGGGUUAAACCACAGAGCCUAGGACUUGCCGAUCAGAAGGUCGGCGGUUCGAAUCCCCGUGAUGGGGUGAGCUCCUGUUGCUCGGUCCCUGCUCCUGCCAACCUAGCAGUUCGAAAGCACGUCAAAGUGCAAGUAGAUAAAUAGGUACCGCUCCGGCGGGAAGGUAAACAGUGUUUCCGUCCACUGCUCUAGUUCGCCAGAAGCGGCUUAGUCAUGCUGGCCACAUGACCCGGAAGCUGUACGCCGGCUCCCUUGGCCAAUAAAGCAAGAUGAGCGCCGCAACCCCAGAGUCGGCCAUGACUGGACCUAAUGGUCAGGGGUCCAUUUACCUUUACUAAUGCAGAUGAGGCCUAAGUUCGGCACAGCCCUAAGAGUGUAACUUCUGCAGUUGUUUUUAUUUCGGAAUAAACAAGAAACAACUCUUAAUGGGAGUUUUGGAGCAUUAACACAGGUUGUAAGGGCCUGUAACUCUGUGCGGUCCUCAGAAUAGAAUAGACUGAAACUCUACUUUCCCCAAGUUCGUUGUUGAACAGAUAUACAGUGGUACCUCAGAAGUCGAACGGAAUCAGUUCCGGAAGUCUGUUCGACUUCCAGAAUGUCCAGAAACCGAGGCACGGCUUCCGAUUGGCUGCAGGAAGCCGCAUUGGAUGUUCGCGUUACAAAGAACGUUCGCAAACUGGAACACUCAAUUCCAGGUUUGCUGCGGUGUUCAGGAGCCAAAAUGUUUGAUUCCCAAGGCAUUGGGCUUCCAAGGUACGACUGUAUUUGGAAGACAUAAACAUGAUCUAAAAGCUAAUUGGCUGCUCUUGUCGCCCAUAGGAUCUUCAUGCUUAUAAAAAGCAGGGAAUGGCCUUGCUUUCUAAGAUGGGAGAAUCGGUAAAAUAUGUCACGGGAAGCUAUAAACUCAGAAGUCGACCGGUGGAGUUUGCUGCCAUUGGUGACUACCUAGAUACUUUUUCUCUGAAGCUUGGAACCAUUGACAGAAUAGCACAGCGAAUUAUCAAGGAGGAAGUAGGUGAGUAGUAUGUGCAGCUUUUCUUUAUAACUCUAAUUCUUGCUCCGCUAGCAAAGUCUGGAUUCCAGCGGUGGGGGAACAUGCGGCCCCCUCGAAAAUGCUUGGACUCCCAGUUCCCAUCAGCUGAGCCAAAGUGGCUGGUGGUCAAGCAUAAUGGGGAUUAUAGCCUGGCUAUGUCUGGGAAGCCAUAGGUUCCCAUCCCCAGUAUACACAUUUUCAGAAUAUGUGUUGCAUAUGGAAUCAAAAAUAUAAUUACUUCUGUUGCUCAUAGCUCAAAUCCUGUCGUGAGUUCAUCAUACUAUAAUAUUUCAUUUAGUAGUCCGAAAAAGAUGUCCAUCAUAACCACACUAUCUAUUAAAUCAUAACCACACUAUUGUGUUUAUGAUUUAAUAGAUAGUGCAGCAGAAAGUAAGAAACAACAACUUCAUGGAAAACGGGGAAGUUGAUAAUCUGAGAAGAGAUGAAAUUGUUUUUAGAUUGUAUAUGUUUAAAAUGUUGAAACUUAAUAAAAUAUAAUUGAAAAAGGGGAAUUAAUGUAUUGAGUGUGCGUUCAGAAUGGCUAAAUUCCUUUGUCGUUCUUUGUCUUCCUGCAUCUUAAGUUGUAACAAGAUGCUUACAGCAAUUACCCAAAGGUCCUAGACCUUCCUUUGUAGGUUCUGACACUUUUAUUAUUGGUAUUUUCCUUAUCACGAGAAGUUUCUGAUCUGAAAGUUAGGCUUGGUGACUUUAAAAACAAACACACAAAGCCUCUGGCGCUUUCUCGAAACCCAGAAACCAGAACUUUCCUGCCUUUUAUUUUCAUAGCAUCGUUCUCUUGCAGAAUACCUUGUGGAGCUCCGAGAGUAUGGUCCUGUUUACUCAACCUGGAGUGGGUUAGAGAAAGAGCUGUCGGAGCCUCUUGAAGGAGUAUCUGCCUGCAUUGGGAAUUGCUGUACGGCACUCGAGGAACUGAGCGAAGACAUGACCGAAGACUUUCUUCCUGUCCUAAGAGAGUAUAUGCUGUACUCGGAGUCCAUGAAGGUAACAUGGGAUUGUGGCAGGCAGAUGUUUGCAUCUAGGAAAACACCUUUCCCAGAAAUGCCAGCAUGUGGACAUUUUGUGGGCAUAAAACUACUGCAUCCCCUUCGGGAGAUCUCUGUGUGGCCUCUUCUACCUGCUGCUGUCAUUUUGACACAAAAUGGUUCCAGAAAUUAUAUACCAUAUUUUCCGGCGUAUAAGACGACCCCCCCAACUUUUCCAGUUAAAAUAUAGAGUUUGGGAUAUACGCACCGUAUAAGACUGCCCCUCUUCCAACGCACACCAAAUAAAAAAUUAAAAAGCUAAUCUCCAGUCCGGCUCGGAAAUCUGCUCCAUUUCCCAGUGGCUGGGGGCUUCUGGGGCCAAUUUUCAAGCGUAUUUCUGGUUCAUCUAGAGAGCUUGGUGUCCUGUGAUUUAAUUUGCUGUCUUUUUAUCCUUUGGUGGGGAGUUGUUGCAGGAGCUGCUGUUGUAGCCGGCAUAUAAGACGACCCCCAACUUUUGAGAAGAUUUUCCUGGGUUAAAAAGUAGUCUUAUAUGCCAGAAAAUAUAGAUAAAGUACCCUAAGCUUUUAAAAUCAUGGAGCUCACGCAGAUGUAACGCUAGCUUCCUGCUAAUCUUGGUUAGCAAAGUCAGAACUAUUCCCAGAAACGAUGUGCUUCCUUCCCUGGAACAAGUGUCACCGUCUCUAUUUUAAUAUGGCAGACAUUUGACUUCAUCUUUCUGGCUAUUGAAUGGUUCAGCCAGUUAGGACCAUGUAACACGGAUACUGAAAGAACUCCUCUGGUUGCCACUUUACUACUGGGUUAAAUUGAAGGUAUAACUGACAACUUUUAGAAACUCCAUCCAGAACAGCGUGUUGGGGAAGGGGAGGCAGGAAUGUCCUGUCUGGCAAGCUGAUUGCCGUUGUGUGAUGUUGGAUUCCACCAGUGUUCUUAACUUAGGGUUCCUUGCAACAUAGCCUCUGAAAUUGAUUUCAUCCUGCAGUUCUCCAGAUCCUGACUUACUGCCACGCUUUGCUAGCCCUAACCAUGAUGAAUCUGGGUGCAACCACAUUAUGUAGUAGUAAUGUUAGUGCCAGUGAACCCUUAGCUGUGAUUGAGGGUAGAAGAUGUAAUAAUCUUUUUUCCAGGUGUGGGAUGGAAUGCAGGUUGCAGGUACUGCCUGUCAAUUCUGGCUAAGCAUGGUUAGCAGGGGGGCAGUGUGUAGUCCCCAUAGAUGACAAGUGAGUUCGCUAGCAUACCACAUACUUGAAAAUCCUUACCUCCAGGGUAUACCUGUGUGUGUGUGUGUGUGUGUGCGCGCGCGUGUGUAUCCAUGGUGGUGCUAGCUGUCUGCAGGAUUUUAAAUAGGUGUAACCAGUGUUAGAAGCUGAGAUAGGAAAUCUAGAAGCUAAAUGGCACCUUAAACCUAGGUUAUGGGUGCAACAACGGAAUGUCUGGGUGUGCUUUUUUUAAUAACAAGAAUACAAAGCUGAAAACAAAUGAACUGCAGCUAAAAGAUGAUGUUCAUUUUUCACAUGGUCUAGUCCUUCCCCUGCCUAGGUAAAGGUAAAGGGACCCCUGACCAUUAGGUCCAGUCGUGACCAACUCUGGGGUUGCGGCACUCCUCUCGCUUUAUUGGCCGAGGGAGCCGGCGUACAGCUUCCGGGUCAUGUGGCCAGCAUGACUAAGCCGCUUCUGGCGAACCAGAGCAGUGCACAGAAACGCCGUUUACCUUCCCGCCAGAGCGGUCCCUAUUUAUCUACUUGCACUUUGACAUGCUUUCGAACUGCUAGGUGGGCAGGAUCUGGGACUGAACAACGGGAGCUCACCCCAUUGCAGGGAUUCAAACUGCCGACUUUCUGAUCGGCAAGUCCUAGGCUCUGUGGUUUAACCCACAGCACCACCUGCGCACCCAUAUGUUAUUAAGAGGGUCUCUUCUCCAGUCUUCAGAGAGUAGCUGGAAGUAGGAAGGCACAAAAAGGUCCUCCUUUCCUUCCACUCUGCAGCUUUAAUCUGAAAUCUUAGGCGCAUUACUGUGCCCAGAGCUCGAAAACUGCUUGCACUAAUGAAAUUCCCUGUCGCAAAACACGCCUAGAACAAUGGGAGUUUCAAACACUGGGUGUAACAGGCCGCUUCCAGGUGUUAUGGGGACGGAUUAGCCAUGAAGAUGGGACAUUACCUUCUUCUGCAAGCCUGCAUAUCCCCUUGCCUUGUAAUUGAUAAAUAAUUCUUCUCUUCUUACCAUCAUGAUGCAGGCUUCACUUCUUUGAGAAGUUGCAUGUGGCCCCUGUAUGAAAGGGGUUGCCCAAAUGUGUCUCUCUGAUGCACCGAUUAUGAUGUAUAAGCUGUGGGAAGGGCCUCGGGGCCUGCUAUGUAUCAUUUUCAUGCUGACUUGCUAUUACAAGAAAAGAAAAGCAGGAGUAGGAACUGUUGAGAUGAUAUAAAGCAUUCUGGACACAGUUAGUACAAACAGUUCCCCGUGGAAUGUUUUGAUAUUAGGUAAAUGGAGUUAACGGUUGGUUGGGCUUUUUGGGGGGGUGUGUGUGUGUGUGUGUGUGUGUGUGUGUGUAUAUAUAUAUAUAUAUAUAUAUAUAUGCCUGAGGAGCUGAAAGUAUGCAGAUGAAUUCUCAUGUGGGUGCAGAGCAGUCAGCUACCGCCUCCUGUCCCUUGAGAAAUUACAACUUUGUGCAGCUUUAAGAAAUCCCCUACCACUGUAUUAAUGCAUCGGCUUCAAUGCUCUGCUUGUAGAACAACAUAUAAUGAAUAAUAUGUAACCAUGCUUUUUUCUUUUUCUUUUUUGCAGAGCUUUUUAAUUUUCUGUAUUCUUUACUGUAAGAAAUGGCUAAAGUCCUUGGCCCAGGUCAAAACACAAACUCCGUUUUUAAACGGAGAACUUUUUGCCUCCCUGAUAUUUUAUGCAACUUAAAAAGAGAGAGAAGAAACUAGGAAGUACUGUGAAUGUGUUUUAAAAAUAUAAAAAGAAAGGAAGGUUUGCUUAAGCGCAGGUUGCAUCCGGGGGAAGGCCUCAUCUGCACUAUGCAUUUAAAGCAGUAUCAAAGCACUUUUAAACAGUCGUGGCUUCCCCCAAAGAACUCUGGGAAAUGCAGCAUAUUAAUCACCAGUAACUUUGAGUAUAUAUCAGCCAGUCCCCUUUAAUCUUAUCUUGGAGGAUAACUUUUGAAGAGAACCUGUGAAUUUUUUUGCAUAUGACUUGAGAUGGACUUGAGCAUGUUCCUUUUCCGUUAAUGGGGUGGAAUAUUGAGCUAGCAUUCAGUGGUACGGGAUGGGGUGGGAGACAAUAAAUUAAGCCAUAUACAGGCGUUCUGCCCUCAUGCCGUUACCAUAGUCUGAGGGAAAGUGCAGGGAUGUGUUUGCUUGCUCCUGCCCUCGCCAGCCUUCCCUCCUUGGAGGAGAAUUCUGAAGUGUAGACUUCCUGUGUGGUCAAAGUUCUAAACUGAGGAACAUACAUUCAUAGAACAGCAUCCCUGCUCCAGACCUUUCCACAUCCAAGCGUGGAUGGCAGUGGGACUGACUGGGUGAUGAGGACAUAAAAUAUGGGGGGCAGAGCCAGUGAGACCCAUCUCCCCUAUAUGCGUAAUCACACGAGGGCAGCCCUGUGUAGGACUCUAGAGAAGGCAACAUCAAUCCUCUUUCUCCAGAAACUGACAUAAUCAUUCUUCACCUUUUCUUUCUGUCGGCAAACAAAUAUGUAUUGUCCCAGACCUGUCUGUUUGCUAGCCAUGUGCCUUUCGAAUGCAAUAUAUUAAUGAUUAAACCGUAAGUUUGAAUCUCCACAUAUUCUGCAGGCAGAUUUCUUUUAGCCGAAGGCAGCUGGUUUAUUAGCAUUUUUACAUACCUGCACCAAAGCAGAAAUACCUGUUCCAUUGGAAGGGCUUAUCUACCUCUCUAAUAACUAUAGGGAAAAGUUGCACAUCACUGUGAUUCUCCCAGAGCAAAUAAAGCUGUGCCUUUUAAACUGCAGAAAGCAUGCAUGAUGCAGGUGUCACACAUCAUAAGUUAUUGGAUCACAUCAGCAGAUAAGUGCGUAUAUUUUAGCUGUUGAAUGGAUCACAAAAUUGGUAGGUGCUAUUAUGGCCAGGUUUAAAGAAACUUCAGCACUAGAUUUACCUACCUGCCUUCCUUUUCAGUGUCAGAUUUGCACACAGAACAGCUAAAAACAUCCCCUGUAGUUAAUGUAUCUGAUCAGAAUGGUCCCAUCAUUUGAACAAAGACUUUGGCAUCACUGGAGUACUGAAAAGUUGUGUUUGGGUUAGGGAUGUCAUUGUCAGAUGGGAUGUCAAAAAAGGGCUGUGAAAUAGCUGCCCUUUAUUUGUUGCGCUGCAAUUUGCUGGCUCGCAUGAAUGAAAAGGUGCUUCUUUAAAACGGUUUCCUUCUGCUGCCAUUAUAUAAAUGGUUUCCAAUGAAAUUUAUUGCUGAAAAGCAUAACUGGGUGAAAUGGGUUUUGAUGGGCAAAUAACAAGUUGUUCCGCACAUUUGCUGAAGCCUCUCCUGCCCACAAGCCAAUAAAACCAAACAUUGUAACCGCAAAGUCUCUUGGAACCAUUUCAGUGAUAGCUGCUAGACAGGGCUGCCUGUAUAUGCGAUCUGAUUCAUAUGUUGCUUGCUAGAUCUUACCCUUACCAGAUCUUUAGAGUUUUGAGGUAGGUAGCAAACCUGAGAGCACCAGCCAUUCAGAAUUGCUUUCAGGAGAUGUGCUUGAUAUCUCAAAGCUAAGUAUUUAGUUUGGGGGAUAGGUAGCUUUAAAUAGAGUGCCUUGCUGUAAUCAAAUGUUUUGCAGGUACUAAUACAGUUUGUAGUGGGUGGGGGGGGCAGUAGUUAAUUUUUACAACAGAUUUACACUGCUACGAGAGCAAGGAUUUGCUUGAGGCUGAAAAUGAUUGUAGCUUGUAAAUUUCUGAGCUGCAUUCUGUAGUCCUGCCAAAUUUGUUUUGCCCGGAUGAAAUGAUUUCUGAUCUCUGUCCUGCUGUUCUUGAAAGGAGCUUAAAAUGCGUGAGCUUCAUAGCUGAGCAAUGACUUUGAACUUUUUCACAACCAAGCCACUGUGAUGCAAACACUAUCCAAGAUUCCCUAUCCCUUCUGAAGGGUGAUGAUGAUGAUGAUCAUGCACUAAAAUAAGGAUUGUUUCACUGACUCAAAUAGUCGUGAUCCUUCCAGUCUACCUCUGCAAUCUGGAAGACCCAUAAUAAUAAUAAUAAUUUUUAUUUAUACCCUGCCCAUCUGGCUGGGUUUCUCCAGCCACUCUGGGCAGCUUCCAACAAAAUAUUAAAAAUACAAUAAAACAUCAAACAUUAAAAACUUCCAUAAACUGGGCUGCCUUCAGAUGUCUUCUAAAAGUCAGAUACAGUGGACCCUCUGGAUACAGACUUAAUUUGUUCUGGGGGUCCUUACAUACCCUGAAAAGUCCACAACAUGAGGCGCCGCUUCUGCGCAUGCAUGCACGGCGAAACCCGGAAGUAUACACUUCCAGGGUUGCUGCAUUUGCCUCCCGAAAGUUAUGUUACCCGAAGGUAACGUAACCCAAGGGUCCACUGUGGUUGUUUAUUUCCUUGACAUCUGAUGGGAGGGCAUUCCCUAGGGUGGGCGCCACUACUGAGAGGGUCCUCUGCCUGUUUCCCUUAGUGAAGGAACUGUCAGAAGGCCCUCGGAGUUGGACCUCAGUGUCCGGGCUGAAUGAUGGGGGUGGAGACGUUCCUCCAGGUAUACUGGGCUGCGGCUGUUUAGGGCUUUAAAGGUCAGCACCCACACUUUGAAUUGUGCUCAGAAAUGUGCUGGGAGCCAAUGUAGGUCUUUCAGGACUGGUGUCAUAUGGUCUUGGUGGCCACUCCCAGUCACCAGUCUAGCUGCUGCAUUCUGGAUUAGUUGUAGUUUCCGGGUCACCUUCAAAGGUAGCUCCACGUAGAGCACAUUGCAAUAGUCCAAGCAGGAGAUAGCCAGGGCAUGUACCACUCUGGGAAGACACUGCUCAAGCAGGUAGGGUCGAAACACUAGGAGAAUGCUCUCCUCAUUGCUGGCUACUGAACUUGCCCCCCAGCAGCCAGGAAAUGAACCUGGACCUUCAUUUCUGACCUUCUAGAACAGUGGUUCUCAAUGGGUGAUCUGCGGACCCCAGAUCUUGCUGAACUAUAACCCCCAACCAGCUUGGCCAAUGGGAGUUGUGAUUCAGCAACAGCUGGAGGGCCAUAGGUUUCCCAUAGCUGGUCUAAUGCAAGAAGACCAUCCAACUGCCAUCACCCUUCCUAGCCAAUAGACUUCCACUGCUGACACCUAAGUAGUACUGGUUUCAAGUGGAUUACAGCUGGCUUGGGGUAACAAGCUCAAGUUCAUAUGAAGUGUGUGUGUGUGUGUGUGUGUACAUAACCCUUGCAUCUCCUCUGAUUGCAUCCUGUCUCUUUCCUCCUCCCCUUAAGAAUGUGUUGAAGAAAAGAGAUCAAGUUCAAGCAGAAUAUGAAGCCAAACUGGAAGCUGUGGUCUUAAAAAGAGAAGACCGCCCCAAGGUUAGUCCUCUUUGGAACUGCUCUUGGACAGCUAAGUUUCCCACUCCAUUGUCUUCAGCAAGAUUAAAAAGCUUUUGUGGAAUGUUGAAAAGUGCAGUAAAUACUGGAUUCUUGGACUUGAUCUUUGGUGAGGAAAAGAUCAUUUGUUUGGGUAGGAGAGGUCCUCGGGACACAAGGAAACAAAACAGCUCAGUACCACAAACAAUUGAAUAUCCCAGGUUGGCCAAUUGGUGGUCUGAUGAUUUUAAUUGUGACAAGGGGUAAUAAAAUAUAUACGCAGAUUUGAUCAAUAAUUAUUGAUAUUCAUUGCUUGUGUAAAUUAUACUUUCCCAUCAACCAGCUUUGGUUUAUCUCACAGCAUGUGUUGGCUGGCUUUUGGGCAGGUAUGAGGAACCUUUGGCCUUCUGAAUUUUGGACUGGAGCACCUAUCACCCUUGACCGUUGGCCAUGGUGGCUGGGGCAGACAGGUGUUGGAAAUCAACAACAUCUGGAGGACCAUAGGUUUUCCAUUCCUGGUCUCAAUUUAAGGUUUUAUGAAAGAACCUAUGUUAAGGUUCUUUCACAUAGAUUGAAUUGAGCUAUCCAUUAGUGGGGUAACUACGUUUGUCACUAUAUUUCUGGAGAAUAGAAGCUGUUACCUUAGUGUUGGUGCUUGAAUGCACAUUGAUUCCUUAACUGAUGAAUAAGCAGCAGAGGCCUUAUCCACCGUGCCACCAAUAUUUAAAAGCUUUAAAAAUUAGUAAUUAUACUAAUUCACUUUGAAGUUAAUCUUUUUCUUUUCAUCUUAGGCACAGCCUCCUUUAAUUAAUGCAAUUUUAUUUGAAAGCAGUGACAACUAAUAGGUUUGCUUUGCCAGUUAGAGCCUUUCCACUUCGUCUUCUGUUUAAGCUAAUAGAACAAUUAACAAUUUAAGCUCUGGAUUUAUCUCAUCUGUGCUCCACUGCUCUUCAAAUGUAUUCAGGACAGUGUGUAUUAGGAACUGUGUUUUAACCUUGGAACAGUCCUGUGAAGUAAGUUAGAGUAGACUGAAAGGCUGGUCCAAGGCUAGCCAGUGAAUUCUGUAGCUGUGUUGGGGGAAAUCUGAAGCCAGGUGAGUCUGGUCCAAAUUCAUUGCAUUGUGUAGCCACAACAUCACUGGCUAUACAAAGAUCUCUUGUUGUCUCCCUAGCUGAAAGCUGAAAGGAAAUAUGGCUUUGGAAUAAUAAUAAUAAUAAUAAUAAUGAUGAUGAUGAUGAUGAUAAUAUUAUUUAUUUACACCUAGCCCCUCUGGUUGGGUUGCCCCAGCCAUUCUGGGCAGUUUCCAACACAGAGACACAUAAUAAAACCUCAAACAUCAAAAACUGGCUGUGUUCAUAUGUCUUCUAAAGGUGGUGUAGUUCUUUAUUUCCUUGACACAAAGGGUGUUCCACAGGAUGGGUGCCACUACCGAGAAGGCCCUCUGCCUGGUUCCCUGUAAUUUCGUUUCUCACAGUGAGGGAACCACCAGAAGGCCCUUGGCGCUGGACCUCACUGUCCGGGUUGAACAAUGUGGGUGGAGAUGCUCCUUCAGGUAUACAGGGCCGAGGCUGUUUGAGGCUUUAAACUUCAGCAUUGACACUUUGAAUUGUGCUCAGAAAUAUACUGGGAGCCAGUGUAGAUUCUUGGGAAUAAAAACGUUAGCCCUUGACACUUGUCCAAGAUGCCGGUCCACCCAUGCUACUCCAUAACUGCCAGCAUUAACACCCUAUUCGGGUGUUAAGUGUCAUGUGACUAUAAUCACAUGAUGCAGGAUACCAAGGCAUAUCUGCCCUGCGUGCACUCCUGUACCUAACCCCCCCCAGCUACUCCUGCAUUAGGCGGUGGGUCUGCAGCAUGGCAAUCUCCCAGAUGCAACAUUGACACUGCCUAUGAGCCACAACCCUAAAGACUCCUUUGCAUUGCAGCUCACAGGGACAGCCUAGGCAUUUUCACCCAGCUACCCUGGUACAGGUGUACCCCCAGUGCAUGGGUGGCAUUGGGGAGUGGCUGAUGCAAGGGGUGCAUUCAGACCCCCAUCGCUCCCGUCUCAAAUGAUUGUUUCCCGAAGCUGAACACCCAAGGGCUUAAGUCUGGGAAAGCAAAUACGGUGCCUUCUUUUUCUUUAAAAAAAUAAAUAAUAAUUGAUACUUUUUCAAAGAAAUACAAAAAUACAUACCCAUUACAUAGUAUCUUCUUUAUAAUAUACUGAGAUAAAACAGCUACUUAGUCUAAAAGAGAACCAAGUAGGAAGAAAAGACAAGGAAAAGAGAAAUGUAAAGAAAGAGAAAACGAGAGGAAAAGAAAUAAAAAACUAAAGAAGGGUAACAUAAUAAUAGUAAAAUAAUAAAUAAUAAUAAUGUUGACAUGCACAAAUGAAAAUAACACAAAGGAACAAGGGGAGGGAGUGGAGGGAAGUCAGGGGAUUCGACGAAUCCCAAAAUAUGGAUUAAUAUUAAGAGUGAAUAUAGAUGUUUUAAUUGUUUUAUUUUGUGUUUUCCUUUUCAGUGUAAUGAUUGUUUGUUGAGAAAAUUAAUAAAAUAAUAAUAAAAUAAUAAAAGGACUUCUGGUCCAAGAAAAUCCCUUAACUUGUGUCUGCAACAGCAUUGGGGGAUUCCUUUUUCUCGCUCUCUCCCCAGGUGCCCACUGAGGUCGAAAAAUGUCAGGACCGCGUGGAAUGCUUCAAUGCAGACCUGAAGGCAGAUAUGGACCGGUGGCAGAACAACAAGCGCCAAGACUUUCGGCAGCUGUUGAUGGGAAUGGCAGACAAAAACAUCCAAUAUUACGAGAAGGUAAUCUCUAAGGUUGUCGCUGUUAUGUAGUGAAAAGACUGUGGAACCUCCCGAUAACGAGAGUUUAGCAGAGCUGGAUGCUUUAGAGGCGCGCGCUUCUUGCUUACCACCAUCGAGUUUUAGCUUUUUCACACUGUCACUAUUUAUGUGGAAUGUUCUCGUACCGGGAUGGGGGACUAAAUGGAGGGGCAAAAUGUAGCUCUCCAGGCCACUCUGACCUCUUUCCUCAGGCCACAUCCCUCGCCAGCCUUGCUCCAUAUCCUCCUCGAGUGUUUUUGCCUGGCUGGAAUCUGUCUCUGAAUUCUCAUAACACUUUCUGAUUAGCAUGUACCACCAUCCUAAAGGUUGUCUAAAAUGCGACUGCCAUCAACCGAAUGCAACCUACUAAUAUGCCCUGGGCUCCCCAAUCCCUCUCACCACCAAGGAAACAUAAUAAAUGCAUAGAUGAAUAACCUGUCCAUGUGACACUGACACAAAAGCCAUAAUGCAUAAAGUGCAAAAAGAGAGAGAGAAAUCAUCGCUCCCCCUUCUUUCUCCCACCUAUCUCUCCCCACAACCUCAAAAUGCCCAUGAUAGCAGCAUCUCACACCGAAUGUAACUGACCUGUAGAUAGGACUCUAUGAACUGUAAACAGAGACGGUAUAUGUACCUUCGUCACCCAGGAAAAUUGUGUCAGUGAAAACAGUUUUGAAAAAAAAUAAAAAUAAAAUAAAAUUGCAGCUGCUGGGUUGGUAAGCAGCGCUGCGCAAUGGUGCAUGUUUCACUGGUCUUGAAAGAGCAGCAUUCCCUGCCAGUGAGCUACUAGGCCCAGUUCAAGGUGCAGAGGGAUACAAAGCUCUCAGAGGUUUGAGGCCCAGGAAGUGGUGUGUUGUCAGUGGACUGAGGGGACUAGGCUAUUCCCUGAUGGGGGCCUCCUUCCCAAAGCCCAGGAAGCUUCUGCCCAGCUUAGGAAGGAAGGUGCAAUGCUCACGAGUGUGACUUCAGGACGCCCCUAUCCAUCACGCUUGCAAGGUGGUGCCUCUGGCCCCCUCUGUUCCCCUGUGAAACUUUUCACCGCAGGCCCCUGGGUACCUAAAAGAGCACCUCUCUCAACCUCAGUGUCCUUUCUUUAGGGGCUUCUGGGAGUGGCUGGUUUUAAAUGGAAGCACUGAUGGGUUUGCCGUUCUGUGUCUUUGUUUCAAACAGUGCCUUACGGCGUGGGAAUCUAUUAUACCACUUUUGCAAGACAAGCCUGAGACCAAAUAAGAAACCGCAUCUUUCCCCACCCUUUUCCUCCCUGCACCACGGACUUCUGACCAAGUGACGGUACCACUAAACAUACUGGAGAUACACUAUGCACGACUUGGUGUCAGAUUUGGGUUUUCCUAACCCACCCCCUGGAGGAACAACUACCUGUGCUGAACCUCGGGACUGAUCCAACUUGAAAAAAGUUUGAAAUUGUACAUUUUUUGUGCCACCUUUUUAUUAAACCAUCCGAGUUGGCCUUGAAUGCUCCUACUCACGAUCCUUGGCUGACGGCAAAGAAACUACAGGGACUUUUCUCCUUUUGGACCGCUUUAUAUUGAAUGAAGUUGAUACAAGGAACACUACAAUAAUAAUAAUGAUGGUGAUGAUAAUUACAAUGAUAAUAAUAAAGAACUCUUUAAAAUGCAAGGUGCCAACACAUCGUUAUUGUCCUUCCUUUUUCUUGUUAGUUUAGUAAGGAGUGGUUGACCAUGAAAUUGCAGGUGUUCACUCUUCAAAUUCUGUUGGAUUUCUCCCCCCUCCUCCCACCCUCCAUAUGUGGAAAGGGAAUUUGGCUGACAGAAGACGCUUGCUGGAUCCUCAAAGGUCUCUUUGAAUUAACUUGGGCUUUGUGGAUGGGAAGGUCAGGUCUACAGGGCAAAAGUUGGUAUGGUCUUGGUACAAUGCACAGGAAACCUGCAGAAUAUUUCAGAGGUGGUCUUUUGGCUAUGGCAUGUAGGCAGUUAGGAUCCAGAGCCUUUGAGCCAUUUACUGGGGAUGGGGGAAGUUGUGUGGGGUGUUGUGUGCCUCCCAAAGUCUGUACAUGAAACUAUUAAUCUUUUCUUAAUAAUAAUAAUAAUAAAAUCGAACCUUUUCUGCAUUUUUUGAAUGCUAGUGUUUGCCAUGUGAUGGAUGUUGUUUCAUAGUGACACCCAAGUCUCACCAAAUUUAUCCUUCUCACCUUGGGCUUUCAUUAAAAAGAAACAAACAAACAAACAAAACAGCCAGUGAAACUGUUCUUAAACGUGUCCGAGGGGAGUGUAGCUGAAGAGAGACCUCUCACAACAAGCGACCGUUUUCUUUCCCCUGCCUUUCAUUAGGAUGACUGUGUAUGUACCAUUAUGUGUGGAGACCUAGUAUUGUGGCUGGGAGAUUGAGCUAUGAACUGACAAACCUUUGGUUCAAAUUUCAUGUCUGCCAUGAACUUUCUAGCCGCUACCUCUCAGUACAGUGGUACCUCUGGUUACAAACUUAAUUCGUUCCAGGGGGCCGUUCUUAACCUGAAACCAUUCUUAACCUGAGGUACCACUUUAGCUAAUGAGGCCUCCUGCUGCCGCCUCCACGCGAUUUCUGUUCUCAUCCUGAGGUAAGGUUCAUAACCUGAGGUACUACUUCUGGGUUAGCGGAGUCUGUAGCCCGAAGUGUUUGUAACCUCAGGUGUUUGUAACCCGAGGUACCAUUGUAUCCCUCAUUUUUAAUAAGUGGAUAAUACUAAAUUAUUUUUUUACUUGUGCUAUUUAUUUAUUUUUUAAAUCCCCGGCACUUGCCAUCUGUUCCAAUAAACACUCAAUGGAUGCAACCGAGACUCUGUUUUGAAAAUAGAUGUUAGCAAUUAAUACUUAGAAACAGUCUUUUUAUUAGCAGCAGCUAGUUUGGGGAAAGGAAUUGCUACCUCUCUGUAGAUACGUGUACAAUAGUUUGGAGUUAUUUCUCAUUUGGAUUAGCAAAGGUUCCAGAACUGGUGGUGUUCAAAAGUAUCAAGCAAUACUUUGAUUUUGUGUCAACUUGUGGGAUCAAGAAUAUAUAGAAACAUGGAAAUUGCCAGCAUGUAACUUAAUACCUUGGAAGGAAUAAGAAGUAUGGGCUGUGUCUAACUGGGUUUAUGAUAGAGACAUGAUCAUUGGGAGGGAUGCUUAGAGGCCAUCCAUUCCAACCCCACUUAAUCCAGGAUCUGCAAUAUAAUAUCCCUGACACAUGGCUGUCCAGCUUUUGCUUAGACACUUCCAGUGACUUGCCACCUUCCAAGGCAGUCUACCAGCUCUCAAUCUCUUUUGAUCUCCCAAAACAUCGCCUUCCAAUUUUGACACCAUGGAGAAUCCGCAAGCUCUAAAAUAAAUGAGAGAUUGUGCACUGGAUUGUCUGUUUCCAAGAUCACAACUAACUGGAAUCUGUGGGUGAAAGAAAGAAAAAUGUUUUCUGAAACACAGACAUAACAAGUCUAAUUUUUAUUGAAUGGAUAAGGUGUUUUGCUUUGAGUUCCCAUUCUGUCAUAAAGGCUCACGUAACAAAUUGAAUGUCUUAAGAUUUUCUCCAUGCAGAAAUUGGAUGUUAAGAGGACAUGCGCGCACUUCAAUAGAUUGUAUUGUUGAUGAGAAAACGAAACUUAGAUUGUAAUGUUGGCUGUGUUCACUUCUGAAAGCAAACAUCUUAAUGCUUGCUCUCUCGGUUUCAAUAUCCUCCUGUAUGAUUUUUUUUUUUUUAAAGCGCCUGUUGCAGGCAGCAGGGCACAAUUGGCAAGAUGCUAGGAGCUCCUCUCUUUGCAGUUGGAGUAGAAGCUGUUGUUUAUCAGGCUGAAGGGGCAAAGCUUUGAACAGAGGCAAUGGUACAGUUUGCAUUGUGUAUUGAAAAGUGCUCUUGCUACAGUCCAUAUGGAUUGGGUUUCAUGUUUAGAAGAAGGUCGUGGCCAUUUUAAGUACAUGUAGCACGGAGGCUUGGCUACUGAUCUGUGCUUGAGAGUGUGUGUGUGUGUGUGUGUGUGUGUGUGAAGAGUUAACAUACCUCCGACUCUCACUACCCAGCAGUGGUGUAACAUGGGUUGCUAGUGCCCGGGGCAAGGCAAGUAUCUUUGGCACUGCCCGAUAGGCUGGAACAAAGGGGCAAUACCUCAGUGACCUACCCUAGUGGCAGUUGAGGCACCCUGUGAGUGUUGAGCAUGGUGGAGUGUGGGAUAGGGGAUGGGUCAGGAGCGGAUAUCUUUAUAAAACCCAUGCAGAAGACGUUCUAGCAACCGGCCACCACCCAGAUCUGUUCCUCAGUCUGUCCAUGUGGACACUGGGAGAUUUUUUCUGUGAGUGCAAGGGCACACUAUUCUUUAUUACUACUACUUUCUUCUUGUUUACUUUUGAAAUUUUGCACCCCUAAGAAUUUUGCAGGCAGGGCAACUGUCCCUGUGGCCCCAUCCAUACUACACCACUGCCACCUGGAGAGGUGAUCUGUAUUGCUGAGUCCAGGUCUCCCUCCUCUGAAGAGAAAGUAAGGUGGUCAUGUUUAGUGGGCACAGUAGCCCGUGUGUAGCCCAUUGUCGCAUUUGACAAUCUGGACAGUGAAUCCAUCUGUGUGUAUAUGAAACCAAACACACUUAUGAUUCCAAUGCAUUCUGAAAGGGUGUCUUGACUUAGAUUGUUUUGAAGCUGAGACAGGUAGUGUAAAAAGCCUUAGCUUUUUGUAAUUACAGUAAGCACUUCAGAUCCUAUAACGCUAUAGUGGGGUGUCAGUUUUAGAUUUACAUAUUCAGUGCCCCACACAUAUUAUAAAUCAUUUUAGUUCCACUAGCUGUUUUUGACAAUUUUUUUCUUACUCUAAACAAUUAAAGGUCUUUUCACAAAGAUAACCGCCCUUCCUUUUUUUUUUUUAAAGGCAAACUAUUUGCUCUUGCCCAAAUAUUUUUGUACACGUGGAAUCAGAGUGAUUCUCCGCCCUCAUGGAAUCAGUAAACAUAUAAAUGUCAAAACAUUUUUCAGACACUUUAUGAUCAGCGUUAAAAAUAGUUGCAUUCUUAACAUAGUGGCCUCUCCCUUUCCAAACACUAAUUUGCACACAGUGCAAUUUGGAGCAAAACAGAGAGGUGUUUUAGAUGACCAUCUUCCUAUCAUAAGCUAGACUUUUAGGUAUACUCAAAAGUUGCUUAUUUAAACGUGUAUUUAAUGUCCAAAAUUUAAAAGUUGGGUUCAUUGGUGUCCCAUUUUAAUACGUAUCUCUAAGCUUUUUGCAAAGACUCUCUCCAGCUGCAGCUGAGCGUUUCUGAGUCAGCAUCAAAGGUAGCCCCUCGUAGAGCACGUUGCAGUAGACCAAGUGGGAGAUCACCAGGGCAUGUACCACUCUGGCGAGACAGUGAGCAGGCAGGUAGGGGCUUCCGCUUGCGCAAUAAGGCUUACCUCUCCUGCUUCUCCUCCCUGCACUUGAGGGGGUUGGGAGAACCCUGCCCCCCCCCCAUGAUGCACAGGGAGAGGAGAGGGGGGGAUGUUUCUGCCUGCUAAGCUGGCAUCCUGGAAUGUUCAACCUAGUGUGAUGUUCAAUUCCUUGGAGUCCAGCAACUUCUUAGAGGCACGAGUUCCCCACCCCUGCUGUAGCGACAGACACAAUCAUGGCACCCAGCAGCAUCUCUCUGAAUGGGUUUUGAGCCAUGCCAGUGUCUGAAAAGAGAUGCAAGUUCAAGGUGAAAGAGCAAAACUCUGGAACGGGGAGCCUUGAGGUUCUCCAGGUGUUGCUGGACUCUCACCCCCCCUGACUGUUGGCCAUGCUAGCUGAGGCUGAUGGGAGCUGUAGUCCACAGCAUCUGGAGGGCCACAGUUUGCCCACCCCCUUCCAAAGACUUCUAUUUAGGGAAAUGAUUUGAUGCACGGAAGGGAGGAUGGGAGAUUAGACUGUCUCUGCUGUCAAGUGUUUUCUGCAGUUCAUCUGCUAGAGACCCAUGUGGAGUGUGUUGCCGGAGUCUGUUUUCGUCUGUGUUUUAGUAACUGUUGGCAGAAGUUAAGCCGAUGAUGAAUAGCAUGGGAUAUGUUCUUGCAGUCUUUCAGUCCCCAUCUGUGCUUUUUAAAAGCUAAAGUGAAAGCAGUAGUAAAAAAGGAAGAAAAUAAAUAUUCACGGCCAAAGCAAGGAAAGGAUUGCAAACCCAAAGUGGCAGCUUUCGAUGAGUCAUCAGCAAAACCCAAGCACACCAGCCAUCCCAAACAUAGACUACGUGUGGAUGAAUGUGUAUGUAUUGUGAGCUAAAUUUGACCGCCAAAAUGGAAGCUGCAGGUGACCUCUUGGUUCUAUUCCCCUCCUCUCCCAGCACUUCCAGUUUACAUAUCAACUAAGCACAUGAUGAACCCAUUUCCCUUCUUGUUCUGGGAGACAGGCAGGAUAUUUCCAGCAGGAAGGUCUUCUCUGUAUGCCCUACUAAGGCUAAAGUCAGCUGUGUUUGUGCAUGGUGGGGCUUUCUGAGGGAGCUUCCCUGUGAAUUGGGUUCUCCAGGUCUGUCCAGGUGCUAGCAUGUGGUCUGCUCACUUUUAUCUUUUUUUAUAUGCCUAUGUACAAAAUAAUAAGUACUGUGCUGUGUUGACUCUGUAGUGGUGUUUUUUUUUAAAGGCAAAAUAAUUUAUAAUGCUUGAUAAACUCUUUGUGUGUAUAAGGAUGGUUUCUAUGACAAAAAAAGAGGACUAGAUCAAUAAACGGAUUAAAUUGCUUUACCAGUAAAUACG